GCUAAGCUAUGUUGCUGACUGUGUAAUGCAUUGAUGGCUAGAUAAUCCUUCCCUGGCUGUCUAUGAUUUCCCCCAUGCAUGAAUUAAAACAAGCAGCGAGUUUAAGGUAACGCAUAUUUGUUUUUGUGUAUUAUGAGUUUGACAGUUUAUUCGUAUCAGUUAUCGGUCAUACGGAAAACAUGAAGCAGGUGUACAGCUCGGCCCACAGUACAGUGAGUGCCUGAUAACAUUACCUCAGGGGGGCUAACGCGAGUGAACGUGAGGGAGGAGAGGAGGGACCACUCCCUCUGUAUGGACAACUUUUAUCACAGUGCAUUAAUGUAGAACCUGCGACUGUAAGCUCUUUUUAUUUCCGAGACAUGGACAGACAUAAAUGCUUCAUAUUGUCGCAGUCCUUAAACUCACACCGGCUUUUUAACAUAUGCUAGCCGGCUAACAGAUAGCUGUGUUGAUGUUGGGGUUAAAAGCAGAUGUUUUAUUUGUCUCAGCUGCUUGAAAAUGACUUAUUAGUGCAAAAAGUUGAUACGCUAACACAGACUCGUAUUCUUCAGUGCUGCACACCUGUGAGACGAGUGCGAGGUCUCAGCUCUAAAGGUGGACCUCAUCAGCUGUGGUGAACUAUCUAAAGCUAACUGGAGCUUAUGUUAGGAUUAAUCACAAUAUAAUCUAAUUCAGUAUGUUUAAAUUUAUCGGCUAUGACCUAGGGCUGGGCAAUAUUUUAAUUAAUCCGAAUACAUUUCUGCAAAAGAUUUUAAAAACCAAGAAUAAGAUUUGAUUUUACUCCAAUUGUAAGUUCUUGCAAUGUUUGAAAAUAUUAAUACUGAAAAUGUACUGUUUUUAUGAUGAAAGGGCCUAUUAGGUUAAGGAAGCAUGUUUAGACUUUCUUUUUUUCUUUCUUUUUUAAAGAUGACAUUAAACAUUAACCAGACAGUUCCAUGUGAAUUAACUGUGAAAUAGCUCAGCUUUCAGUGUAAUUAGACUAGCCUACUGAUUUUCAAACAAUUUGACUUUAAGAGAGAAAUUCUUUUUGGUGAUUAAUUAUAUUUUUGAUUUUGAUUCAUAUCAUUUUUGUCUCUCGCAGAGUUUUCUUUUUUUUUUUUUUUUUUUUGAGAGGUACAAAAUCAAUUUAAAUCGUAAAUCGAGUUUUGCAGAAAAAAGUAAGAGAUAUUAUUUUUAGGCCAUGAUGCCUAGCCCUACUAUGACCAUCAAUGUACAAGUAAUUUAUAAAUUAACUUGAUGCACGUUUCCAUGAAUAUCUCUGGCAGGUUUUUGGCACAGGGAUGCACACAGGUGUGCUUAAUUAUUCAGGCUCAUCACCUGGUUGUUGGAGUGGUUGAAGUGAGGCGGAGCUGUGCCAGAAAUUGCGAUAAACUGAACCCUGAAAUUGCCCUCUUGUGGCCUAUCAACCCAGAAAUAGUGAGUGUAAUGUAAAAGCACUGCAGUAGGAAGCCCAAAAACAAGAGAAAUGUUAAAGCAUUAUGUAUCUACUAUUCUGCCAACAGAGAUGAGAUCCACGUUUCACACAAGAGCAAACCAAACAGUUCUUGGGCCAUCUGGUCCAUCACUAUUAGGUUAUAAAACAAGCUGUGGGUAUGGUUUCCACCGCACAUAUAAAGGAUGGUUGGACUUAGUCUCUCAUCUCACUGCCCAUUAUGUCUAUGGGUGAUAGGAGUUUUAUUAUAUGCAAUGUAUUUUAGUCUUUUUGUGUUUUUAUGUUGUUCAUUACUUGUGUGUACUUUUGUUGCAGACUAAAUUGCCUCUUUGGGAUUGUGAGAAAUGUAGUAAUAGCUUAUUUGAAAAAAAAAAAAGUUUAUUGGAAAGCGAUGUACAUAUUUGCAGUAAGAAUCCUUAUACAGGGUUACAUACACUAUUGCUCAACCUCUUGCUAUUUAUAAAUUCCUCAAAACAUUUAAAAAUUAUUCUUUUGAUUUGGGCUCCAAUGAUGACCUUUACAUUUUUAUUAAACCAAUCAAUUUUGUUGGAAUAGUCUUGGGACCAAGAAGUCACAGGUGAGAUUUAGCAGAACCUCUUUCUAGUAGGGCUGGACGAUCUGGGAAAAAGUUUAUCACAAUAUAUUUUUGUUCAUAUCAGUUGAUAUCGAUAUAUAUCAUGAUGUAAAAAAAAAAAAAAAAAAAAAAAAACUUGUCAAUCUCAAAUGUUCCCUGUUACUCUUAAAUGAAAUUUAACAGUGUUUAUCGGUAGCAUGUUUUUUUGCGAUACUAUAAGCUACUGCAUCUGUGAGGUCUUUGUGUCUUUUUGACGCUUUGCCGUAAGGCGUUGCGCUAGAGAAAGCAAAAUGGUCAGCUGUUUCAGCUGCACAGGUGCCAUGGGCUCCUUGCUCCACUCGGGGUUUGUAACCUUUUGCAUUGAGGUAGCUCUGAUGUGUGGCACUGCUUCAGGUGGUGAAAAAGAUUUGAGGUAUACCCCGACUUUGUGAGAAUGUUUAUUCGACAUAAUUUGCAGUGCACAUUACUCUGCUUUGUGUCCGACCUCAAAAAAAACAAAAUACCUCCAGACCACCAAUGUUUUCGUGCCAGUGUUGUUAACGAUGUCAUCAUAUGUUGAGCCUUCAUUUGCAUUUCGUUAUUGUUUUAUCGCCCAGUCCUACUCUCUAGAGUGGAUAGAGUCUCAGUCUGUUACCCAUGGGUGCCCCAGCAGGUUGUGUGGAUCUCUUGAUGUCUGGUGAAGGACAAUUGCAGCUAUCACAACCAACUCUUAGCUGCCCUUUUAGCCUGUGUUUGUUUGCUCUGUCACCUCACAGCUACAUUCCUGUUUGUGGGUCUUACGGUGGAGUAAUCAGAAAGAGGGAGCAGUGUACAGCUCUGGGAAGUGAGAGUGACAUUCCAGCCUGUGAGAGUCAGAGGUGAGAACGCUGAGCCUUGAGGGUGCACAGCCUGUAAAUAGCCAUUGGACCUGUGAGUCAGGGGAUCAACAGGGCAUGUCCACUGAGAGGUGGGGGGAGAGUUAUUGGUGAUUGAGGAGGGGACUGUUCAUGCUGGGGGGUUAUUUUGGGAAGCAGCUUGGCAAGAUGUUCUUCUGGAUCCAGUCUGUGUCUCUUCAAUUUAGCAUAGCUGAAGUGGAAAGCUCUCAUGGAGAUCAACAAGACAGAGGAUAAAGGAGAAGAUGACAGUGAGUUUUGGUUGGUUUGGAAGCUUUGAGGCUCUGUGUCGCCUUUCCAGGCUUAGGCUUGUGUGUUCGUGUGUGUCUCUGUAGUGGUUCAGCGUGUAGUGUGGCCUGUUAUGAUUGCAGUCCCUCCCCUUCAUCUCCAGGUUCCCCUUUUUAUAGCCCAAGAAUCUAAAGGUGAGGCUAGUCUAGCAUGUGUUCAGCCCAAAUCUGUCUUGUUUCAAGGUCCUCAGGGAAAAAUAAUGUUUUAAGCUUUUAGGGGAGUUUUAAUUUUGUUCUUGCCAAACAUAAACUUCCUCUACCUCCCUAACUCCCUUUUUUAUAAGUAGGUCCAGAACCUAAAUUUUAAGUUGUAGCUUGGCAGCAUCAGGACUGGCCCCUACGGUUGGAGAAAUGACUUAUUUUUGUGAAGUAUGUUUUUUUUUAACAAGAUGCUCCAGACAUUUGUGUUUGGGACCAUAGUGACGGUUUGGACAAACUGCACAUUAUAUCAAAGUUAUAUUAUGAGCAUUCACAAUAAACAUAUCAAAAAAGGACUGUAUGUGUCCGAGUAACUAAAAACAAAUGUUUAGCUGAUGGGUGUGAAAUGCAUUGAAACUGUUGGAUGAAGCUAAACUAACUAUCAGCUGCCCUCUGAUUAACUGGUGGAAACUAAAUAAAUCAAAAACAUGUUUUGUUUUGUUUUUUAUCAGGAGGAACUUGCUGCGAACACGGGUGCUGUGUUAAACAAAAAAAGCAAAUGGACAUGCAGAUGAUGAGUUACAGCUAAAUACACUCAUGUUUAAGGUGGGGUAGGCAAGAUUCCAUUAGAGAAGCAUCUUUUUUUGUGGUGUAUAUACAGAAAAGCUUUUAACAUCAGUCAAUAGCUACUAGUUAUUGAUAACAUUUGGUUAAAUGAGGAUAUCGCUGUGUUUUGUUAUGUCUGUGUAGUCAACAUUUUAAAUUUUUUGAGUGGCCCGAUCACUCUGACUAUAAACAAAGCCACUCUCCACCUCCCCCAACUGGCUGAUUGGCUGCUCCCUCGUGUCAUUCACGAACCCAAACAAAGUUAGCGUGCUACAAUAUUGGACAGUAGAAACCAACCAGAAAGUAUGGAAAUUUUCUGAAUCUUCCUUUGGCCACAACUGCCGACACAAGCAGUUGACUCGGGCGGUAUAACGGGCGUUGAAAAAGGAGGUAGACCGGACAAGAGCUAAAAAGCUGGGUCAACAUAAACGAUGGGGGACACUUUGGGAUCCUACGGACCCUGUAACCUUUCUGCUGGACAGGUAAACUGCUUUAACAAAGUAAGCCAAGUGUCUGUAACAGAAGUGUUUCUUGCCAAACGGGACCCGCUGCAUGUUGUAGCGCCGCUAAACUGUUUACCAUGGGUCCUGGAGUAUGUCACUUUAUCCUAUUUGUAGAAGUUCUGCAAACAUUGUGUUUGCUGGUAGUCUAGCGAGCGAGCAGGAGCGUCUGUUGGUGGGCGGGGCUUGCUAGAGCAGAGAGGAAAGGGCAGAGGAGGAGCUGAGGGGAAAACAGGUUGGAAGGGGUAGUGUUUACAUUCGAGAUUUCUCCCAAAAACUGGCACUAACUCAGAUCCUGCCUACCCCACCUUUCAACAAAAAAGCAAAUAGACAUGCAGAUGAUGAGUUAUGGUUAAAUACAGUCAUGUUUACUUUGUUUACUUUACUUUACAUGUUGUGCAGAUGUGGUUUAUAUCUGGUCUAAAUUCCUGAGAUUUUGUAUUGGCAAAAAAAUACAUUAUUUUGCAGCUUUGCAGUGUUAUAUUCUGCAGCUGCAGUAGAUAAAUCAGCUGUAAAUCCAUGAUGUGAAUCUCUGGUCCCACUAUUAGUCCCGAGUUGCUCUUAUAAACCAACAUCUGUUGACUUAGAAGGACUUCACUUACAGUGAACACAAAUGUCAUGUUCCAGAAACCAUAUAGAGCUGGUUUUAGCAAACUGUUUGUUUAGCUUGAAGGGUGGUAGAUAGCAAUAAAGGAUAUGGCAAAUCAACAGUUUUGCUUCAACCCAACUGGGAUGAGAGGCCCAAAAUGUGCAAAGACAUUUCUUCUUUUAUUAGUGCAGCACUGCCAGCUGUUUGUGCCUUUGAUUCAAAAUGAGAUGGAGCCAUUCAUUUCUCUUCCUUAUGCCAAAUUCUGACCCUACACUAGAAAUGUUGCAGCCCAUCACAUCACAGUUUAGACCAGGAAAUUUUUAACAGUCUUUGUUUUGGCCUUGGUAAUCUUUCCUUGCCUGGUAAGCCCACACUUAUUAUCACAGCAUACUUCAGAAAUAAUAAUGGUAAUCGUAAUAGGUGGUUUUUUGAGUUAUUGGUGCCUUUUUUGUGCAUGACUUCCUCCAGUUAGAUAGUAGUUUCUGGAAUACUCCAGCCUGCCUGAUGCCACUUUUUCCAUCCAAAAAAAAAAAGCAAGUUUUGCCCUUGCCUUCAUUGGAUUGGACAAUGAAGACAGACAGGAUAUAUGGGGAAAAGAAAGUGGAAGUGAAAAACACUGGAGGGCUGAGGGCUUAGGGUUGGCCUUGGGCUGAUGUUAAAGGGACUGUAUUAGGAAUGACUGCUGUACAAACUGUGCCCAACAGGUGCCACAAAACAUGAAAGUCACUUUUAACAGCCUGUUUCCACACAUGUGAAAUUACAGGUGAAUGACUGCUCCCCACUGGGACAACAUUGUGGCCUUGCCAUGUCAAAUGUGGCCUCUUCAAUUUAGGACGCUUCUUUUUAAUUGUGAUUUUGCAGAUAAAUAUUCACCACAGUCAAAGUUUUGAAAAGAAAUAUGCUACAGUAUAAUAAAACAAAUACAGAAGACCUUUUUGAUUCUACUCUAUUCUAAAGAGUAGAAGUGUGUGGAGGUGAAAGCUGACUAAUGUUAAUUUGGUAUGACUGUGCCCUACCCGUGUUGAUGGAUUGGAAGAUUAGAUCCUUUAGGUUGUUGUAAUGAUGUAAUUUAUAAAGUUAGAUGUCGACUCUCUGUAUUUAAGCAGUCUAUAUCAGCCAUUUCUUACAUUUUCUAGCAUAGCUGACCAUAAAGCAUACGACGGAAUAUUAGGGCCACAUUAAGAAAAAAAAAAUUAAGACUGCAAGAUUAAAGUCGUUAAUUUACAAUAAUAAAGUCAAUACUAAUGAGAAUAAAGUCAUAACUAACAAGAAUAAAGUCGUAAUAAAGUAACUACUUAUGAGAAUAAGGUCGUAAUAAUGUAAUUAUGAGAAUAAAGUCGUUAUAAAGUAAUUACGAUAAUAAAAUCAAAUGUAACUACUUACGAGAACAAAGUUGUAAUAAGGUAAUUACUUAUGAGAAUAAAGUCGUAAUAAAGUAAAUACUUACGAGAAUAAAGAAGGAAUAAAAUCAUUACCCAUGAGAAUAAAGUCGUAAUAAAGUAAGUACUUACUAGAAUAAAAUCAAAUACUGUAACUACACACAAGAAUAAAGUUGUAAUAAAAUCAUUACUUACGAGAAUUAAUUCACAAUAAAGUAAUUACUUGUCAGAAUAAAGAUGUAAUAAAAUCAUUACUUACGAGAAUAUAGUAGUAAUAAAGUAAUUACUUACGAGAAUAAAGUUGCAAUGAAAUCAUUACUAACGAAAAUAAAGUUGCAAUUAAGUAAUUACUUACGAGAAUAAAGUAGUAAUAGAAUCAUUAUGAUACUUAUGAUAAUGUGGCGCUAAUGUGCCAAUAGAUUAAGUAUCUUUUUGUUUGAGAAACCUGUAUUUAAGUACUCAGGAAAUGCUUCACAGCUCUCAUUUCAACAACAAUCAUCUUAAACAACAGGUUAGAAUAUAAGGACUUUAUUCUGACUUUAUUCUCGUAAGUAAAUGACUUUAAUCUCGAAGUUAUAAUUUUUUUUUUCUUACUGUGGUCCUAAUAAAAAUAAAGGUCUUAUAAAGCACUAUUACACACUUGUUCAUUUACACCACUGUUUGCCCUGAACUGUCUGUAAUAAUUUCAACAAGAGAUCAAAAGAAAGCUCAUAUUCAUGUUGAUAAUAUAAAGACUGUUGAUACUGUUACUUUACCCACACAAAUCUAGCUAUUCAAUUUGACGCUUCAACACAUUGGUUAACCAUCUUUUUAGACGUAUUGAGAGUCUGACGGUUGUAGCUUGAUGUGCUGGAUUGCCCGAGAGCUGUUGUCAGUCUUGCUCCUAAAAGAAGUGGAUCUCUUGCUGCUCACUUCUGCCGAGAUCAGACCUACUUGCAUUCUCAAAAUAGGACUCUAAUAUUGUUCUUGCCACAGGCCCUAAGGGGGAGAUGACAAAGGAGGAUGUAUCAGAGCCUGUCGAGGGAGACACUGCACCAGGCUGGACCGCCUCCCAUCAACGGCCGGUCAUCCACCAGGUGGCCUCUGCACCCAUGCCCAGUGACUGUGGUGAGGAUCCACACACAUGCACCAGUUUAACACAGAGGAGCUCUGUGACAUUUCAGGCUUUUUAACACCCUCACUGCUAUUCUGACAGAGUGUGAAAAGAUGGGAUGUGACUGGAAUAAGACAAAAUGUUUCCACUGCUUUUUUGAUCCUGCAGUCAAAAGAAUAAACAUCUGAUGAUUUAUACAAACUUUGAAAGUGUUCCCCCAGAAAGUGAUGAUUGCUCAUCGUUUGAUUAGUGCACUGGAAGGCAAGACUAAUCAAGAUUUAGACGGUCAUCAUCAUGAUUGAAAGAAUAAUGAUCAUCUUGACGCUAAGUCCUUGAACUGCACUCAAUAACCACGCUGACUAAUGAAUCCAGUUAUGUCCUGGCAGAUGUCUCUGAGUUGCUUAUUUAUUCUUGUAAUAAUAUCAAGCCAUCAUUUUUAAUUUUGUUCAUCCUUUAACUGUAAUUUGGUCAUGACAGUCAAAUUUCAUACGACAUCCAAACAUAACCCUGUCAAUUUGUGGAUGAAUUUGUAAGUCCCCCAUUUCAUUCUCAUGUUUAACCGCACUGUGAGGAACAUUCCUGUUGUGAUAAUUCCUCACCUUUUUAACAGGGGUGGGAAUCACUAGUGCCCUCACGAUACAUAUUAUCAUGAUACUUGGGCCACAAUAUGAUAUUAUUGCGAUUUUUUACAUUUUGCAAUUGUUUAGCUAAUUUAGCAUUUGUCUUUGGUUUAUGUUUGUCUUAUUUACGCUGUAUUUUAUUUUCGUGUAGCACAUCUUACAAACCUUAUAUUUGUUGAACUAACUUUCUCCUGCUAUAUGAUGUCACCUCUGCCAACCUCACGGGACAAAUAGUUGAUUUUAUUUUUCCAUUAUCAAAGAUUUGACUUCAUAUUUGCAAUUAAUUUGAAAAAUAAAUACUUGGUAAAUAAGAGGAUUCAGAAUCAGAAUCAGAAUCAGAAAUACUUAAAUGCCCAGGGGGAAAUUGCUUUUUGUUACAGUAACUCCAGUGCAAAUAAAGUAGAAAGAGGAGAUAAAUAGGUAGAUAAAAUAAUUAAAAAUAAAGAAAUGAUCAAAAUAUGCAAUAUGUAUGCAGUUUUACAAUAUACAAGUAUGUACACUAUAUACAACACAAAAUAGAAUACAAUAUAUCACCAGACAAAGUAUCAAGAUUCAACGCUGUAUCGAUUUUUUCUCCCACCCCUGCUUUCUAACAACGUGGCUCUUUUUAAAAUGCACACUUUUUGCUGGAUGCAGAUUGACAAAGUGAUGUACUCAACUGUAGCUUGGUCAAAUAAUUAACUGUAACAUAAUAAAGACUGAACUUUGUACUGGUUGAAAGGUGACUGGACAGACCGUAUAAUGUUACCUGUCACAGCUCUGGUGUCACGAUGUCUCCAUUAAUGUCAAAAUAAUAAAAAUAGGCACACAGUUUAGCUCUUUAUUCUUCAAAGAGCAGCAGAUCCAGCUUAAAUGUCAAAUCCUUUUCAUAACCUUCUUUCACUGACAAAGCCCUGGUUAAGUUUCUGAACUCAAGGCAGCACUCAAAUUCAGUCUAGAAGUAUAACCAGUCUUUUCAUUUAUAAUCUGGUUUUCUUAUGUAGGUCAUGAAGAGGCACACGUGUGAAAAACAGUGAAAAACUCCUCAUGGUGCCCUCUAAGCUAUCAAAUCAGUCAUUUGAAAUCAUGAAAUACAAAAUUAAAUUGUAUGGUCAACACCGGGAUACAGGCUCCAAAACCUGCAAAAAUUCACACUGGAAAAAAAAGGCAAAAUGAAGCUGAAUGUCCAGAGUAUUAAAGUAAAAUUCAAGGGAACUCCUCUUCAAACAUUCACACAUGCAUUGGGACGUCACAGGUUUCAGAAAAAGUGGGCAGAGGAGUUAAGUGAAAUGUUGUUAGCACUAUCCACGAUCUCUCUUUGCUAUUUUAUGAAACUAGCUUGCUCGUACGUGGAGGACUCAAACAUUAUGAGUGCUUUGAGGUUGUGUGCACAGGUUGUCAGGCAGGUAAGCUGUCUUAUUCUUUUUGUAGUUCUAUAUGAAAUGAUCUUACUGACUAGUUUCAGAUUUCCUGUUAUCAGAUUUCUGUUGUUUCUGUCAGAGCACUUCAGUUAUCGAUCUCAGGAGUAUCGAUCACUGUCAGACAGAAUUCUUUCAGAUAAAUCAUACAAGCUUAGAAUCCAAUGCUCUGAUAUGUAAAAUAGGAAAUUAAUACUGACAAAAAUUUGAGCGUCUGUGCGCUCACUGUGUGAAAGGCCAAACUUAUUUGUUUUCAGCCUCAGCCAAGUUCUCUAAUGCCUCAUUUGGUUCACAGCACGCCAUACACUAUUACAUCUGAUUGAGUUUGCCUCUGCAAGCGCAGCAAGGGCAUUUACAGAGAUUAGAUAUUUGAUAGAAUCGAUUGAACAGCUUGUUGCAGAAAGUUAAUGUGUGUCUGCUGCUGCUGCAGAGUUUCACACAUACUCUUCCCCCAACGCCUCACUGGUGGAAAAAUAACAAAAAGCUGGGUCAUUUCCUUUUUUUCCCUAUUUUUGUCUGUUUCUAUGACCACCUCCAGAGUUCUCCUUCUUUGACCCCAGUGAGCCGCAGUGCAGGGAAGUCCUCCUGGAUCCAAACACCACCAUACCAGAGCUGUUUGCUGUCCUCAGGCAGUGGGUGCCUCAGGUCCAGAAAAACAUAGACCUCAUCGGAAAUGAGGUAACAUGACUUCAUAUGUUUCCGGUCCAUGUGCUUUGAAUAUAUUCACUGUGAAAUCCUCGUCUGUAUGUCUUUUAAAACACAUAAUUUCCUUAUAACUGAAUAACUAAACAGCCAUAAACCAAUAAAGGACCAUAACUGAAAACAGGAGAAAGAAAUCUGCUCUUUGGUUGUAGCUGAAAACUCUGUAAACCAGCUGCAAAACAGCUCCUCUCAGUUUUACAAAGUAGCUGCAUUGCAGCUAAUUGUGCAGGGGAGCACUUGUCUCAAGGGUAAAAGCAGGCGAUUACUUUCUUUCACUCAUUUAUUAACUGCUGCCUUUGAGAAAUAAAUGCCUUGUUUCAGUGUGAGUUUGUGAAACAAUUCUCAUUGAAAUUUAAAGAUGAGUAGGGUUAUGAGAGGCCCGGCUUACUUGUCAUUCAACAGCUCAGUGCCCUCGAGUUUAACUUCAUAGGUCAUUAUGUAAUAUAUCUGCACAGUGACAACAGCAGCCCUGGGAGACUCACUGCACAUCCUGUCUUCGUACAGAUCCUAAAGAGAGGCUGCGGUGUGAAUGAUCGAGAUGGCCUGACAGAUAUGAGCCUCCUGCACUACUGCUGCAAGGCUGGGGCCCCGGGCAUUGGUGAGUAUUGACACAGGUGUUAAAUAAACUCUCAGCUGGACUGUAAAAGUAUGUACAGUGUCUCCUUCAUCAUGAACGGUUACUUUAUCUGACCUCUCUGAGUGCCAAACAAAACCUUGUACUGUGACUCAGUAAUCAGAACUACUCCUUAAACUGUCUUCAGCAUCAAUGGACUGUCUGUCACCAUCCCCCCCUUCAAACACAAACAUACCCGUGUCCUUCCUUUAUUCCUCAGGUGAUGCAGAGACAGCAACCUCCUUUGCACGCCAGAUCCUAUCACUGGGUGCUGAUCCUAACCUUCGCUCCCGCUGGACUAACAUGAGGGCCCUGCACUACGCUGCGUACUUUGAUGCACCCCAGCUCAUCAGGGUGGUGUUGCAGGCCUCCCAGCCUGGAGGUGAGUGAGUGCAGAUCUAAGAUCAAACAGUGUCUCAAGCCGAGGCUCGGCAGACUUACUGCACCGACUGUAGAGCACGUUGGCUCAUAACUGGCGGUCAAAUGGCUGCUUGUGCUGCACAGUUGGCUGAUGAACUUGUGAAACAAACUGAAAGAUCAUCUCUGCAGAACAAGUCCUAAAGAUUACAAAGAAAACUCCCAGUUUCAGUUUGUGUGCAGUUGUCAUUAUAAAGACCAGAGAAUCAUAUACUUUGGUUUGAAGAGAAAUAUGAGUUGGUCCUAAUGUAGCAGUAUGUGAAGGGAAUUCUCAAAGUGUAAGAAAAAUACUUAAAAAAAAACAGCUCUAAGUUGAAGAACUGUUGUCCAAGUAGAUUUUGUUUAAAUCAAAAGUUCUGCAUUUUUCUUUAUUCUUUUGUAGAGGUGGAUGCCACCUGCAGUGACUUUGACUUUGGCACCUCUCUUCACAUCGCUGCGUCCAACCUGUGCAUCUCAGCUGUCAAAUGUCUCUUGGAGCUGGGAGCCAACCCUGCUUUCAGAGUAAGUUUCAUCGCUCUCUUACAUGCACAUGUCCUGCCAGUCUUAUAAAUGAGAUGAUUGAACCUUAGCCUUCCACAUCAUUUAAUCCAUUCAUUUGACUUGGCUAUUCAGCACAUCCAACAGAUGCUUGACAGGGUUGAGAUCUGAGGAAUUCGGAGACCAAGUCAGAACUCUUCAUUGUGUUCCUCCUGGCCGACUUCUCCCAUUUCUUCAUGGUCCAGUUCUUGAUGCUCAUUUGUCCAUUGUUGAACCUAUUAGUGGUGAAAGGGGUUGGUAUGGACCCCCUGAUCAGUCUGACUCUAUACAGCCUCAUACACAUUAAACCCUGAUGCACUAUGUGUCCACUCAGCCUGUUUUCCUUCCUUGGAUCACUUUUGGACAGCACUAACCGAAACAAACUUUAAACACCCCACUAGAGCUGUUGUUUUGGGGAUCCUCAUAUCCAGUUGUCUAAUCAUCACACCCCCUCAUUUUUUCUGCUUCCAACACAUCAGCUUUAAACAACAACAAAAUGUUGAGCCGGUCCUGAGCAGAUCCAACUCACUGAGAGGUGCCAUUGUAAAGAUGUAGUCAGUGAUAUUGACUUCACCUGUGAUGGCUGAUCAGUGUAUUUACACAUUACAUUAAUGUCUGUUUCCUCAUGUAGCUAAAGACUGUUGUAGUUUGCAGCGUCUACAUAAUUUCCUCCCAUUGUUUUCAUUUGUGCUGUUGACUAUCUAGAGGCGAGGACACCCACCGGAUAUCAUACUACUGUAAUUUGCUGACCUAGAUUUUUAAGGCCCUGGGUGAAACAUCUUGGCUGUGGGGGUCUGUGCAAUUUUAGAACCAGGAUGGAUCAUUUUACAACCAGAGGGUUGACACGCAUUGAUCUGUGCAUGAAGUAAAUCCUCAGGGGAUCACAGUUAAGGACACCGAGCGGUUUAAGGACUGAUAAAUGGGAAAGAAAUCGACGUAGACUUUAACAGAAUAGAAGGUGUGCGGGUCUGGGUCUCUUUGUGUUAUUUUAAUAUCAGUGGAAAUAUUCAGUUUCAUUUCAGUUAUAACAGCUUAGUCAUUUUGAAAUCAAUACUUUUGAUGAAUUUAUUGAUUAAACUGGAAAGUGUCUGUGUACUCAGCAGAAUAAUGUAUAGUGAGCAAGUUAUUAAAGCAGAGAAGUUCCUUCACUGUGAGAUGAACCACUCAGGGUCCUGCUCACUCUGUCAGGUCCCCAAUCUGCUGUGACAACCCGCUCACAUCACACUACAUCAGAAUUUUAAGACAGACUUUUUUUCAGUGCUGCUCAGUGAGCAUGUGUUUUUUUUUCUGUUAUCUCCGAGGAAGCAUAUUAAAGAUUCACAGAGAGUAGCAUGGCACCAGGUCACACUGAAUGAUUCCACGAUUUAUUAGAAUCUCAAACUUGAAAUAUUCAGUUUUAUGCCGCUUUUUCUCUAUGCAUUUGGUUCAAGAAAAACCUACAGAGGUCAGCUUUGUGCUUCCUUAAAUCCCAUUUGAAAAGUCGAUGAUUAUUUCUUCUUUAACACUUAUAUACCCAUAUCCUCAAAUGGUAACAAUAUUCAACACCGACUCCUGUAGAUUGAAGGUUUUUGAUUUAUCACCACACCAGACUGCUAUAUUAUCUAAAAUGACUCUCGUGUUUUACCUUAACUUCUCUGGGAGUGCAAAAACAGUGAACCUCUAUCUUAGUUUAUCAAGCAACUUCCCCUCCAUUGUUUUGUAACAAAGGUUGUAGUCAUCUGUCGUCUGGAUCUUCAGUUAUAGAGAAACAAGCUCAGCUAAUAUUAACAGCAGCUCAGCUUUUAGCCCUAUCUAAUUUAGAUUUUAAACCUCAUGAGCCCUGUUCAAAAGAAACCUUUUCUGUCCAUUUAUAAAUAUACGAUCGUGAAUUGAUAUCUGACCUGGCAGGUGACACCAGACGAGCACAAAUAAACCAUGAUGAAUACAUGUUUGAACCUGUCUGGAUCUGGGUCUUUCUGUACAUUGAUUGCCUCUCAAUCAGAGCACUUGCAGCUGUUAUUGUUGAGGUGCUGACUAAACAGCCCUGAUCCACUGGUAUCUAAAAAUGAAGAGUGUGCAGAAGAUCACCAGUAGAUGGUGACAUGAUGCUGAUCCUGUCUGUCGGGUUAGUUAUAAUCAAUGACAGUGUUUUACUCGUUGUUUCUCCCUCUGGGCCUUUUGCUAUGAUUAUUUCUUCUUUGGGGUCAGCUUCAUUUAAUUUUCUGAACACAGAUCGAGCCUGUACGUGCAUGUAUGUAUAUGUGCACUUACUUUCCCACUGGAGGUCACUAAAGCACCGCAUAGCAUAAUCCAAUAAAGCCAGCACUCAAACAUAAGUGCAGAGGAUCUUUAUCCUUGUAGUGUGUGAAUGAAAAGCUAAGAGAGCCUGUUAAUGUGGGUUGAUUGAAUCUGAUUGAUUAAAUUUUUCAGAGUUUUCUUGGGGUUAAAAUACACAUUUUUUCUUUAUCAAUGAGAACAGUUUGUCAAGAACCCUUUCUGUCUUUUGUUCAUGUAAACUUGAGUUAUCUUUUUUAUUCUGAACAGCUCGAUAGAUUUCAUAAAUACCUCUCUGCAGGGUAUUUGUGCAACUUUUCUUUUCCAUUUUUAUUGCAUAGCUCUAAAAAUAUAUGCGAAUAUGUAUAAAAAGCAAAAGUGAAGUUCCACGGCAUGCCUGAGUUUGCUCAGUCAGUCCUCCAACUCCAUUUCCAGGUCAUAACUUGUGCUUAUGCUCUUACACAUACAUUGACUCAAAGCAAACUAAGCAGCAGCGAUUUCCUGAAGGAACUUGUACUGAAUUUCUUUUGACUUGUAAUCUUCUUAAUAGUUCAAAAGGACAUGAAAAGUUUGCUGUACUGUGUGUGGAGCACUUAUGUUGCUGUAUCUCAGUCAAAACUCAUUUCAGUUUAUUUAAAGAGUGUCCUACAAAAUGUGCAAAACUUCAACUUAAUACUGUAUACGCAGGUCAGUGCAUACUACUAAGCUGUGUAAUACCAUCAUUAUCAACUACCAUACAGUUAGUAGCUACCAUAGUGUGUUUAAUUUGGAUCAUACUGGGAUUUUCUGUCUCCCAAAUUGUGUCACUUUUCCUUGAAAAAGUCAGUAUUUGCUGGCAGAGAGUUGGAAGACAUAAGACCAGAGCCAAGAAACUCACUUUCUCUUCUCUUUUUGAGUAAAGGUCAGACUUGGAAGUGGUUUAAUUUGAUAUUUCUCUUCUCCGUCCUGGCAGAGAUUUAUAACAACUAACUCUGGAUCCAAGCAGUGGAAAGUUAAAAAUUGAAAAGUAAAAAUGUGGCUGGCCUUUCAUGCUCCCUUUAUUACGUGUCGUUUGGUUUAAUAGCUAUGGCAAGCAAGCAGACUUUAUAUUGGGAGAAAGUUUCUGUCUCGUGUGUUUUCCUGAUUGUCUUCGUUUCAGGGUGAAUUGAGUUGCUGUUGCGAGUCUGUUUGGUUUUGCUGGAUUUUUGUUAUUAGACUGAAAUCUUUGCCUCAAAACUUCACUGGUUGCUACCUUGAGCUACUUGCUUUGUCAUGCUGAUAGUUGAAAAGAUGUUUCUUCCUUUAGCCUGUUGGUUUAAUAUACAGUUUAGUGCAAUCAGCCUUCAUCUGAAUAACAAAAACAGUUUUUCAAAGCUGUACUUGAAUUGAAAAGGUCAAGCUCCCCUUUGAUAAACAUGUAGAUGUGAUAUAUGCAAAUAUUUGUCCAUGAAUACUUAUUUGUAAUCUUCCUUUCCCUCUUGGUCGGUCUUGUUUACCAACUAUUGUUUAUUUAGAUGAUACAAUAGGAAGUGACGUCUGUGAAAUACUGUUUACUCAAUGUAAAUAAUUCUUCCUCUUAGAAUGAAAACUUUUUAAUAUCCACGUGGAUGGGAUUGAAAUGGCUGCUUUAUUGGGUUGUAUUAAAUGUGAAAGCGGAUUCCAUUACCAAGCCUCUCAGUAAAACAUUGAGCAUUUUUUUAGGGAUCACCCCGACGCAGCGUCAAAGAAAUUAUGUCUAAAUAAUGCCAUGCCAAAAGGCAGCGUGCCAUGUCAACCCAAGAAACCAAGUUAGAUGUUGAUCCCAGAUUCCUUGCCCAGCAGCCUGCAUUAAGACCAUGUCUGUCUUAACUCAGCCUGGAUGGGGAGUCCAAGGCAUUUGGGUCAGCUCCCUUUGAUGGAGCCUUUUGGUUGAUGUUCAAAGAAAUGAACCGAGAAGUUCAGUUUUCACUUUUGUGAACUGCUCUUACCAUGCCAGGCUAUAAUGAUGGGUUUGGAUUUACACAUAAUGUCUGAGUGAGUGUACUGUUUUAACUGUAAAGUUACACAAAGAUGGCAAAUGGAACAUGAGUAUUUUCUUGGAAACAGGGUAAAACAAUCAAAAAAGUACAGAACAAACAAACCAUCGUAGUCAGAGCAUGGCUUGUAUUCAGUUGGCAAAACCAUUAGCCACAUGUCUGUAGCAUAGUAUGUGACAGUUUGUCAAGAAUGGCUCAGUGUUUGAGCUUGGCGUUUUCAUCCCACAGAGCAUGAAUGGAAAAAUAAAACGUGCCAAAAAUAAAAGGAAGAGAUAAUUGCUCUCAAUCCACAAAAGUCACAAAUAAACAGAUCAGUAAAUGUGAAGUAUUCUUGUUCCCAGUUUGUCAUGUGUGUGUCCAAAUAAUCCAAGAGGGAUGGCUCUGGUGACAACUAAACACUUGCCUACAUCCAUAUAGCAGCACAACAUCAUCCAGUCACAUGCUGUGAACGUAUAUGUGGAUGGUGUUUGAGUCAUUCAUUAGAUAUAGUCAUGUUGUAUCCAAGUAUAAACUCCCACAAAAAGCACUACGGUGUUAUAGCAAACAUAGAAAAAGAGACACAGAGAGUCCCCAAAUACACACACAUAAUGCAUAGAGUGCACCUGAACACACUGCACGAAUCAAAACAAGACAAAAACCCCUCUAAACUGCAUCCAUUAGUACCAAAUACCAUCUGCUUAAUCCAAUUUAAAACGAUCCACAAUCCAUAAUAGCAUCAAAUUAGUGUCAUGUGCUGUUCUUUUCCUAUACUACAGAAAAAUGUAAAAAACAUAAUCCAAAAGACGUCAUACUAAAGCUUCAUUUCCAGUGCCAGCUAGUUUUAGAGAAAGGACAUGAAUUCUUCUUUUUGUCACACGACUCACACGCACACAGUACAAAAUCAGUAAAGAGAAAAAUUAUCCUAACUUGUCCGUAGAGGGAGCCAAAAUCAAUACAAGCACAAAGUUUAUCACAGGAGCUUUAAUACGCACAGUGAUGAGAAAUGAUUUAGCUUAUUCUUGGGGACAGCAUCAAUAAAGAACAACUGUAGCAAACACAAUUAAGCAGGAGGUUUCAUAAUUAGUUUUACAGUGAAUGCAAUCAACUCUGUGCUGAGUAUUGUUUUUUUCUGUUCCUUCAUCACUUUCCUCUCAGAAUGAAAAAGGACAGUGCCCAGCAGAUGUGGUGCCAGACCCGCUUGACAUGCCCUUGGAGAUGGCAGAUGCAGCCGUACUAGCUAAAGAGCUUCGAACUUUGCUGAGACAGGCUCUUCCCAGACCCAGCUCUCCUCUGCCCUUCACGCUGCGAGCCCAGACCCUCCCUGCUCUCUCAGAUAAAGCCAGGAUUCAGCUCGCUGCCAUGGGAAUCCGACUGGGUGACCGUGUGGUGAUUGCUGGACAGAAGGUGUGUGGUAGGUCGCUUUCAGGGGCAAAGAACAUCUCUUUUUAUUUAUUUAAAUCUGAAUCUCAUUUUUAAGAGAGACCUGUUCUAGAUUACACAAACAAAACAACUGUGGGUGACAAGUCGUACAACACAGAGGCCCUGUGGUGGGUUAACAACACAACAUUUGAUCACCAACAGAAACUUAAAGGGAUAUUCCAACGCAAGUUUAAGUUAUGGUCAAACACACCAUAACACAGAGUUUGACACCCCCUCGAGAGAUGCAUGUUGCCGGCUGCUUGCUUCUCUAGUUAUACUGACUUCAGUAAUGACUGCAGGAUAGCAAUACAAAGCGGUCUGUGGAGCCAUGUACACCUCAACCAAAAAUCCACUCUAUAGCCACAAAUAAUGCUCAGAACAGCACCUAACUUCAUCAACAUUACAUAUAGGGUCCCAGCCAUAGUACUAGCCAUUAAACAUCUUUUUAGCUUUGCCUGAUUUCUUUGGCAUAGAGACCAAACACAACUCACCCACUCUCCUCCAGAAGCCGCUUGUUUGUGGGGGGAGCCCUGACGAGUCAAUCACCGAGCACAGCAAAUCAUUUCCAUGAAGUAAUAAUCAUCAUAAUAAUCAUUUUGCACUGCAGACGCUGUAGUUCUUCUACCUUAGUGUCUCAGUCUGAUUGCAUUCCCAUGUAGUUAUGAUCAUAGAUUUUCUUCCUUGAGCUGCAAAACUCCGCUGUACUCUGUGAUCAACUCGUCAGUUGUGUUUGGUCUCUUUGCUAAAGAAACCAGGCAAAGCUAAAAAGAUGUUUGAUGGCUAGUACGUUGGCUGGGACCCUAUAUGUACUGUUGAUGAAGUUAGGUGCUGUUCUGAGCAUUAUUUGUGGCUGUAGAGUGGCUUUUUGGUUGAGGUUUGCGUGUGGAGACGUAGACCGCUGUGUAUUGUUAUCGUGCAGUCGUUACUAAAGUUGGUGUAACUAGAGAAGCAAGCAGUCAGCAACAUUCAUUGCUCGAGGAGGUGUCUAACUCAGUGUUAUCAUGUGUUUGACCAUAACUUAAAUUUAUGCCGGAAUAUCCCUUUACAAGCAAAAGAAAAAUGUGUUAGAGUGCUUGGGACAAGAGCAGCUUCCAAAAAUGCCCUCUCUGGCAUGCACUGUAACCACCAACCGACCAGAGUACAGAGUGCUGUAAUGUAUGAGGGUUUAGGGUCUGAUAUGAAUGCUAGCAGUCCAUAAUAGACAACAUCCAAUGAAGAGAGUUAGGAGUCUUUUAUAUUAACAAUAGUCCAGGUAAGAAGUUGGCAGUUUCCUUGCCCUGAAGGUGAAGUACCUUCUGCAGAUACUGGGCAAGGCAGAUUUACUAACCACUCUUUUUUAGAAGAAAACCGCAAAUCCCUGCAAGUGAGCAGUGUCAAACACUGACUGCAGAUGGGUGAAUACCUGGGUAAUAGGACUUGCACAACAGCAUCUGUAUUUUGACCCACAUUAUUGGCAUAAUAGUGAAGAGAGGGGGUCUGAGACUGAGCCCUGUGGCACACCUUUAGUGAUGUCAAGAAAGCUGGAGUAGACAUCACUGAGCUGCACACUGCUUGCAGUUGGAGAGGAAGUCUUUGAACCGGCCAAUAAGUUGGUCAGAAAGGUUUUUCCUAUGACAGUUUUGUAGAAAAGGUCACGGUCGAGGACCUCUGAGUCACAGAAAAAUGCAGCACAAAAGUUCUUUAUGUCCCACGUCCAAUGUCUCGUAUUUCUUUCCACCUACUGCAUUCCCAGUGUCACCUACAGUUCUGCCAGGUUUAUUCACCUUUCAUUUCUUGCAUCCGACAGUGUUUUCAUUGUGGGACAUUGCUCAAGCCUUUCUUGAGAUAAAAAAAAUCUCUGUUCGAGGAUAUGUGGCUUUACCCUUGAAGGAAGUCUUAAACUAUCUAUCAGCAGUGGCUUACACAGACCAAUACUGCUAUACGUUUUUUUUUUUUUUUUAACCUUUUCAUUUGUAAUUAAACACAAUGAAGCAGCCCUGGUAAAAGAAGCAGCCUCCACUAUCUGUCAGUGUGAAAUAAUAGCAGAACUGAUUACUGUCCAACACAAUUUUGUGCUUUGUUGGCUUGGUUAAUCUGAACAUUCAGCCAAUUAAGUUUCUAUUAAAUUUUUUUAAUGUAAUAAAGCUGGAAAAAUGUCAUAGGAAACAGAUCAGGAUAUUCAUCUUCAACAUUUCUGAUCUUCCUUCUGUAUUUGGAAGGGGGGUGACAUAGCUGCAGCACUGCUCUAAGUGUCAACCCUUUAUUAAUAAUUGAACUUCUAUUAUAAACUUUUCUCAUGUUGCUUUUUUAAGGAUGAGUAUCAUGCUUUUCCACAUUUACAACAAAAACUGCAAAGUUACUAAGUUUAGUGUCCAUAUUAGAUGUAUGCAAAGUUUCAAAUCACAAGGUAAAUAUAUGCUAGAAAAUAGAUGUAAACUGCUCAAAACGGGACCUUGCAAAAAAAAAAAAAAUGAAAAAUAAAGAAAAAAAAUAAAAAUAAAGUUUAUCUGUACUUCCAGCAAAGCAGAACGGACUGUGAGGUGACACCAUAGCAAAAACUAAGCGUUUUAGACGGAGGCAGAAACGAUAUUUUAAUACACCACUUAAUGCACUACUGUGAGAAAUUUGAGGUCUUUUUUGAUCCGAAAAUCACUUCAAGCUAUUCAAGAAGAAUCAGAGAGGAAAUUUUUAGUCUGAAAAAAAAUGCAUGAUGCCCCCCCCUUUAAGGGGAAAGCUGCAUUUAAGAAAAGCAUCAAUGUAGACUUCAUUCUCUGGAUACACUAAACAGAUUAUUAUUUGCAUUUCUGCCCAAAAUUUUAGGAGUUCGCUUUCUUUUUUCAAGUUUGUAAAAUAUGUUGUGACCGUGAUUCACACCUUUUUUGUCUUUGCUGCAGUCUUGACUGUAGCGAGCUGGGAGGCACAAAGAGUGAGAACUUUGACUCACUUUUUGUAGUUUUGGAGGUCAAUGCAAGGUAGGAAGUGGGAUCUGUGCCGACCCUGAGAGACACCAGGUGAAAAUCUGCUCUCGAAUAAGCUCACUAUCUCAGUCUGAAAGCAGUAAUUUUAUGAUCCAUUCUCUGUAGGGUACAUCAGUUCAAUGUGAACAACACAGGUGUCCAAAAACACAAUGUAACACAUUAGGAAUUGAUACCCCAUCAGCCUUUACCCACAUCUGUUUAGUGCUGUGCAGCUGUGCAGUGGUUUACACUUAACAAAGACACAGGCUUUGCUUAAUUUUCUAAAUUUAUGUCAGCCCUCAACCAAGAAAGUUUCCAGUUGCUUAGCAACACUUUAUUGGCAUUCGUCCAGCAUUCAGGGGUAUGUCUGACACUUCAUUUUCGUAUAUCAAGAAAAUUUAUUUGAGCCAGAUGAAGGUCAUCAGGCUUUUGACUCUGCGUAAUUUCAAGAGACACUGUUGGAAAUGUAAAAAUCCUCACGGUCUUCUCGGCCUCCGAUCAUCUUUUUUUCUUAGCUAUGUGUUUGUAUUCAAGCCUCACACAGUCCGUGGUGUGUGCAGCUGGCAGUGUUGACUUACCCACAUUCACUCUUUGUAAUAAUGAAUAUGUAAUGUGUGCUUCAGCGGCAGAUCAUUAUUAAACAAGCGGCUACAAAGAACAGAAAUAGUUACUCAGUCCUCGCAUGCACAGAGUCUUUACUUGAAUGUAUAUGUUGUGGGGAAGUCUUUCAAAGCCUGCAGUUCUGUCUUUUUGGCUGCUUCAUACAGUGUUGCUGGUCUUCACCUGUAUGUUUUCAUGAUUACAGAGGUGUUUCUUCAGCCUUUGCUGGGACUAAGUCUCUUUCUUGUUAUCUGCAGCAACCUUGCUCUCAGUACAUUAAAAUAACCCUACCUGUGUAUUUGGGCAAAGCAAUUCAUCCAACAGCCAAUUUCUGUUUCUUCCGUUCCUUCUUGUUAUUCAAAGAAAUAUUUGUAAGUGUACUUGACCUUCUUAUCCAGCUACACUGUGCUGGUGUAAGCUUCAUGUAAUUCCUUUGACAGCAGGGAAGAUUUAGACCCCAUAGGUCAAAUAAAAUUUUGCAAAGUUUUGUAAACGUGUUCAGGGUUCAGUGCUGACAAUUGGCUGCGUAGUGUUCCUACGGCAGACUGAAAUUAAAAUCACAGGAAUCCAUGUUUCUCUUUGUACUCUGUGUUCAAAUUCUGCAAUGCUGGCUUUUCUCCAGUGACUGAGAAAAUUUAGUCAUCAGACUGACAGCAUGGGCUCCGUUCACCCUGGGUUUCGCCUAGAGAGCCAACAGUGCAAAAAGAGACAAUCAUUGUAGUAAAAUUGGCACACAACCUCCUCACUCUCCUGUUGCAAUUGUUGCAAUAUCUGUGACAACCUGUCUCCCCCCACCUGCAGCUGACUUUGCAUGUAAUAGGACAUUUCAAGCCCCUGAUAAAAACAUACAAAAAUAACCUCAUUUGAACACACUCUCUGCAGAGUUGAACCUGACCCAAAAACACUUCAUAUAUUUAUAAGAGAUCAGAGAUUUUCGGUUAAACUGUGACUGAGACAUGUCUGGACCAUAGACUGUAUAUGGAAUGGAUGCUGUCUGCCUCCUUGCUGGGUGAAGCCUCCAUGAGAACAGCAACCUCUGGUAAUGGGCUGCAGUAUAGGUCAUAAAUCCCGCCUCCUCCAGCAAUCCCUAUGGAGCUGUGGACAAACUUAACAAAUCUAUCACACAGAAUAUACAUUUUUCUCCCCCCUGCUUGUAAUGUUGACAUGGAGUUACUGUAAGACUGGUUUGUGCUCAAGUCCUCUUUUUUCUGUACAGCUCCAUUUUUAAAAGUUAUUAAUACUUGAUACAGCCUAUGGGCCUACAAAGAUUUCGUAGCUCACCCGGGGAUACGCUGUUUGAGCCGAGUGUCAUCACAGCGACUCUUGGAGACUCUCCCGCUGAAUGGCUUGUACAGCACAAGUGGUGGUUUCAGGAAGUUGAGAAAAAAUGCAGAAUUACAGAGAGCUUGUUGUCUUCAAAUCCUUGUACUGGGGGGAGGCGAAACCAAAUUGUCCUUAGUGUGUGGUCUGGACACGGGGUGAAAACUACAAUCUCUAGUUAAUAGUAAAUGGUUAAUGUUUUUUGUCAAUUUACAAUUUCAGAUGACAGUUUUAUGGUUGCAUUGAUGGGAGUCGUUACACAUUCAUUCACAAAUGCCAAAUGGAAGAGAGAAACAAAAUAAGAGGAGGAAAUGAGGGUAUUCAGGGUUAUAUCGCCUAUAGAUGGAAACACAGGGAAAGUGAAGUUGGCAGAGGCUUGUAGGAUGUGGAAUAAAGGUUUAAUUUGGAGUAAAUGUGCCACAUGUGGGUUAAAUGGCAUUUUUCCUAAGUGCAAAAGAAGUUGUACCUAUUUAUUCAUUUUUGGUUUUGAGCGUGCAGAAACCUUGUUACAACAUCAUUCAUGUUUUAAAAACAUGAACUCGUACUUGACACUGUGCUCAGUUAUUUCUGUUUGAAUUAGAAAAUGUCAGCUAUGUGAGGAAAACGAGCUUUCAGACAUUUGUGGCAGCUUUUUUAUUUUACCCUGUUAAAGCUUCUUUAUUGAAUAUCGCCCCUGUGCUGAAACUGGGGGGAAAGCCAACUUGAUCUGCCUCUGAAUGUUAAACAGCCUUUUUACAAUGACAACUUUCCCAUUGUACCAGCAAUCCAAGUUCCAUUUCAUGAUUGUGCUCUUAUUCCCACACGUUCUGUGAAAAACAAAUUGGAUACAGCUUCUGUACAAUGGUUCUGAAGAACGCUGUUUGACUUUCAUGACCCCUGUGGCAGAAAAGAAAUGGUAAUCUUACUGAAAUAACUCCACUUUUAUGACAGAGACUCUGACAAAUGACUCUUAUUAGUUCAGGGAGUGUGUUUUGUUCUCUCAGGGCUGAGCGGUUUAUUAAAUUUGAAUGGGCUUCUUAAAACUGUAAAGUUCUAUUGAAUUUGAGACCAUGAGAUGGAGUCGUUGGUGUUAACCACCUUUUAUUCUUGCAUGUGUGUGAAUUGUUACAGGAACUCGAAUAACUCAUCAAAUGAUUCCUCUCUGGUUAGGAGAUGCUGCUCUGGAUUUGCUCAACUUGUCCGUCAGAGUGAACUCUGGCUCGAAGACAUGCUAAAGUUUUCCUAUGAACAUGCCGUUCACUAGGCUUGGAGUUAAGAAUGUGGGUGUAAGCGUAGGUGGAAAAUGUAGAGGCUCAACUGUUAGCACAAAUGGUGCUUCUGGUGUUAAGACACCAACCAGGACAUGGUGGUAGGUAGUGGAUGAGUGGUUUUUAGAGGCUGAUGCUGACAGUUAGAGAGCAGGUCAGCCCCAGGUCAAUCUAUUACACGGAUAUUACCUUGUCAUUGAAGCAAAAUGAGAAAAAACUCCAAGGCACUCUCUUAAUAAUAUUAAAAUGGCUUUAUUCUAACGGCACGGUCAUGUAGACCUCAUAAACAAACUUCAACAUGUUUCGGCAUCAAGCCUUCAUCAGGAAGUACAGUAAACAGAUGCUAGGUUGUGGUCGGGCCUUUUAAAGGAGUGCUUCUCCAAUAGGAAAUUGCCACUUGGCCUUAGAGGUUUGACCUACAUCUGGUGACAACUAAAAAACCCUCCAGCAGAUCUUGUUAUUCAGGUCAAUGGAAGUUUCAACAAAGUUUUAAUCUUAAAAAAACAAACAUGCGCAACAUAAUUCAAUAUGGAUAAAAUGAGUGACAACAUAUCAGAAUUGGUUUACAACAUUUUUUGACAAAAUUACCUGUAAGUUUUGAAGCCUUAACUCUGUGCUAAAACAACAUCCUUCCUUUACAAGAAAACAGUGUAAUCCUAUUCUUCAUUUAGUCCAGGGUGUUUUUCUUAUAUCACAGAUAUUACAUUGUUGUUGUCGUUUUUGAGUGGGUAUUGCGUGAUGGCAUUAAGUUAGAUAAGUUAGGUAAGUUAAUAAUAAUAAUAAUAAUAAUAAUACAUUUUAUUUGAAGCGCCUUUCACGUCACUCAAGGACACUUUACAGAACAUAUAAAAACAAUAAUAAAGCACUAUUAACAAAUAAAAUCAUUAAUCAUCAAACAGUUAAAAUCAACAAAGCAACAUUAAAACAUGAACAACAGCAAAGGAAUAAAUAAAGAAAUGAAUAAUACCAAUUAAAAUUUAAUUAAGAAAAAGUGAGUUAGGGGUGGUGGGAGUUAAAGCUCUACAUUUAGUUUUAAUUGAUACAGGAAAUUAAAAAAAAAACACACCAGGUUGCGGUAUACAUUUCUAAACAUGACUGAUAUACUCUUGUUACAUUAUGUUAUGUUAUUUUGUGUUGUGUUGUGUUAUUUUAUUGUUUGGCUAAAUUGAGUGUAUAAAGCUUUGAAAGCUCCUGCAAAGGUCUUGAGUCUUACUGUUUUUGCUCAGCUUUUAUUACAUGAAAUCCAGCGUUGGCACAUGUCCCACAAUUCCUCAGCACCUGAGCUCUGCUGGUAGGAUGCAGAAUAGUUAAAUGGAUACCAAGGGGGUGCUGCAGAUAUAUUUGUUUAUUUUUGUAAUCAGCCCUGUGAGUGCAGGUGGGUGAUUAUUUAAAAAUACCAUUAUAUAGCCCAAUUAAUCAGCAAACCAAUUCAUCAGCAGACCUGUAGUGGUCGGGGUCGCCUGUUGCUUGCCAUUAGUUCAGCUUUAGCCAAACUGCUCAAAAGAGAAAGCAGUUUGCUGCAUUGAUUUUGGAGGAAAUGGUUCAUGGUGAAAGAACAGUACAGACAGCAUAAAGCUAUUAAGACCCUGAACCAUGUCUGACUCUUAUAUCACAAGCUUGAAGAUGCAUUACAAAAUUAAAGAGCAUUGUGGGUGACCUCUGUAUGACAGAGCCUUAGUAAUGAUGUCAGGUCCAAGAUAAGACAAGAUAUGACAUUCCCAUAUGGAUUUAAAACAGCCUGCUUGGUCUUUUACUCAGUUUCUUUAUUUUACAAUCUAGCAUCUAGACUGGUAAAUCAUCAGGGAUUUCAUACACACUUAUUGUGGAUGGAGACAUGUAGACAUCACGUAGUAAUGUUGACCAGAGGCCAGCUCUGGCAGUCCCAGAUUUGUGAUCCAAAGAGAGACUAAAAACCUCCUUAAUAAUUGGUAUGAUCUUUGUGACUGUAGUCUGCUGUGUGCUCUUGCUGUUUAACCGUCUAAAUUUGACCCACUCAGAUGCACCCAGACACCUAAAUGAUAAGAAAUUACUAAUUCUAGCCCAGCUGGGCAUUUGCUCUCUUAGAAUCAGGCAUUAAUAGAUUUUUUGUACCACACUGAGAGCUGAAUCGCAGCGUCGGGGGUUGUUGAGAUAGACUUAUCAAAAUUCUUACUAUCUUUCUGCUCUUUUUUGGUGCAGCCGCUUACUUUGAUCUCCAUUAUCCAUUUUAAUAGUUCUCUCCUUUGCUGUUUUACUGAACAUACACACAUCAAAAUGCUGUCAAGUGCCUGGUAGGGGUUCUGCCCUUGACAUAACGCAUGGCAUGAAGAUGAAAUGAUUUCACACACUCCUCCCUCACUCGGAAGUCCCUCCGCUGCAUAUCUUGAUUUUUUUCUGAUUUGUUUUGCAAAAUGUGUUCGGGGUUGUUUUGACUCUCCGCGGUGUGCAAUUGUGUGUAUACAGGUCGGAACCCUGCGAUUCUGCGGCAGCACUGAGUUUUCUGGGGGCCUCUGGGCAGGAGUGGAGCUGGACAAACCUGAGGGGAAGAAUGAUGGCUCUGUAGCAGGGGUUCAGUACUUCACGUGUCAGAUGAAACAUGGUAGGUUAUACCACAAAACUCAUAUGCUUCACCAAUUAUGUCAAUAAGUAAUAGUUUUAUAGGACUUAAUUGGUCAAAUCAGGUGUUCACUGGUAUCUAAUCUAAAAGGAGAUUAGAUUUGUGCUCUAUGCUGUCACCACAGUAAAUGUUUCUAAUUUAGUUUAAACUGUGUCUCUUUCACAUUUGUUUUAGUCGAUUAUUUGUCUCAGUUCUUUGUAUUUUUUAUGUAGUGAAAUUGUUUAAAAAUUUUUUGAGUAUUAAAAAAUAUCAGUAAGAUAAUUUUGAAUUGAGAAAAUGAAUAAGCCAAAUCUAUAAAGGUUUAUUAAGAAGUACUUCAGGUGCUUUUAUACGAAAGCCCCAGCAAGGAACUCCCCGUUUGUGUUCAGUGUGAUGCCCCGGAGGACAAAGCGCUACCUCUCAUAGAGGUAGUUUGCUCAGUUUAUGUGUAGUUGGUAUUUUCUGGCUCAUCUGUUUACUCUAUCACUCACCGUGAAUGUUUGAUUUGGGAAAAGUGAAAAGGGCUCUUCAUUUUUUCAGUGGGCUGUAAACGGUCUGGUUUGAUGCCUGUUUGAUUAUGCUGUCGGGCAUCAAGAAUUAUUGUGUGGUCUUGUCAUCAGUGGUCUUGUGUGCUUCUGUAGGUCGCAAAAAAGAGGCCUUACAAUUUCAGACUGGAGAUCUAACUUAGUGUGGUAUGGUACAGAUAUGCAGGACGUUUAUUUUAAGAGAACUUGCAUAGGAGUAGCUGUGCCUCAGGGGGAAGGUUUGGUUAUCACUCAAUUGGAAGGUUUGGGGGCUUCAUACAAGGUCCCCAGGUAUGUAGAUCAAGUCAAUGUACCCUUUACAUUGAACAAUGUUGUAUUGGUCACAUACUCCUUACUUUUAGACGUGGCCACAUAUUCAGCACUAAACAUGGUGUUUGUUCUCCUGUCACCUAGAAAUUUAGGAAUCUCAAUUUAAACGUAUAUUCUGGGGUAAAUUUAAGUUAUGGUAACACACACCGUAACACUGACUUAGGCACCCCCUCAAGAGAGGAAUGUUUCCUACUGCUUGCUUCUCUAGUUAUACCAACUACACAGCGGUCUACAGAGCCAUGCACACCUCAACCAAAAAGCCACUCUAUAGCCACAAAUAAUGCUCAGAACAGCACCUAACUUCAUCAACAGUACAUAUAGGGUCCCAGCCAUAGUACUAGCCAUCAAACAUCUAGCUUUUAGCUUUGCCUGGUUUCUUUAACAAAGAGAGUAAACACAACUCACCCACUUUCCUCCAGCAGCCGCUUGUUUGUGGGGGAGCCCUGACGAGUUAAUCAUAGAGCGAGUUGAUCAUAGAGUGCAGCGGAAAAUUUAUCAUUAUUACUUUUUGGAAAUGCAAUCAGACCAAGACACUAAGGCAAAAGAACUACUGUGUCUGCAGAGCAAAUACAAGAUACACAAGAACUGCAAUUGCAUUUCUAUGAAGUAAUAAUCAAAAAUGUUCUUCCUUGAGCUGCGAACUCCUCUGCACUCAGUGAUCGACUCCCCCCACAAACAAGCGGCUGCUGGGGGAGAGUGGGUGAGUUGUGUUUGGUCUCUUUGUUAAAGAAACCAGGCAAAGCUAAAAAGAUGUUUGAUGGCUACUACUAUGACUGGGACCCUAUAUGUACUGUUGAUGCGACUCCUUCCAGUCCAGAAAUGACCGUACAUCAUGCGGUCAUUCCUAAAGUUGGUAUAGUAGAAAAGCAAGCAGUCUGCAACAUUCAUUGCUCGAUGAAGUUUCUAACAAUGAGGGGGUUUCUAAACAAUGUGUUUGACCAUAACUUAAAUUUACGCUGUAAUAUCCCUUUAAGUGUUCAGUGUUAUGCAUAUUGGUGAUCACCAAGUCUCUUGAUCACUAGGACACCACAGACUGAUCAUGAAUUAUUUUUAUCUUUUUGUGAUUUUUUUCCUCAGGAAUCUUCGCCCCCCUUUCUAAGAUAAGCAAACCCUUGGAAAGACACAAAACCAGCGUUACAAAGAGUUCUGCACCUACACGCCCCCCUCGUCGCAUUGACCUGUCACGCAUCACCUCCAAAAUCAACACAGGUAAAGAAUCUGUUGCAAACAGCUCACAACACCUCCUAACAUCGCUGUCAAAUGAAAUGGUGUAGUGGUACAGUGCUUCAUCUGGCUCUGUUUGAAUCAGUGGAGUUGGUUCUUUCAGGUCAGUGUGAGGCUCACAAGUGCUGACAAGUUUGCCUGAGAGGUUCUUGCACAAAGAACCUCAAAUAAAACAGACCUCAGAUCAUAAAGUGAUGACAUAACGUUUAAAGGGAGUGAAAGUGUUGCGCUUGUACGGCCUGAGGGUGAGAUUAUGUGUGAACUUGUAUGAACGUGGGAGCAAAAGGAUGUCACAGGAGCGAAUGGUUCCUCAUGUCUCAGGUAAUCUCAUGCUUCGUCCCCCCUGAGGAGACCAGUGGAUACGUUAUUAGAGUUGUAUUUCAUACAACAAGCAAUAAGGGCUGCAACAACUUCAUAGACACACAAAAUAUUGGAGUGAGAGCAUUAGUUGGAUGAACGGCUCUUUAAUUUUGUCAUUUAGUUUGAAGAAUCAUGAGGAGUUUGGGACACAACUAAAUGUACCACCAUCUAAAGGAAACAGUUGAACUCGCUCUUCUCAUCACUUUGGAAAUAAUGUGCUGAAAACAACAGAACAGGUCUUUGUGGUAAUAGCUCCAUUUUCUGCUAACUUGGUUACACCAACAUCCACCUCUCAUUCUAACAACCCUUAAGCACCUGAGCCUUCUGCAGUGUUUGUCUGCAGUUAGUUAUUAUUUGACAAAGGGUUUUCUUAAUUCCCAAAAGAUUGAGCUGUUUGUAAAUUAUUGGUAGAAUAUAGCUUGAAAUGGUUUUACACAUGAUCAUUGUAUGAGAGUAACUCCUCUGAGAGUGAUGAAGGUUAACAAUAGAGAGGAGGGUCAGAAAUUGUCUUCCAGUCCUCCUAAUAUCUUCUAAUGUGAUUUGUACUUUCUGAUUCCUCAAACUAAAUUUGUGAUUUGUUUUAAGUUUGUGGCAAGAGAAGGUCAGCUCUGCUUAUGAAACUUGAUUAUUUGAGUUUGUUACCGCAUGAGUUUGCUGUCGCCGCCUGAUAGUUUAGCUCAGGGGCCGCACAGUCACAGUGAUGACGCGGAUGAUCAGGAGUACCUGUGCCAACCUCGACUAUGAGUCAUUUUACUUUGAACUCAAAUAAUCGUCUCUUAAGUCGUCAGUCGGAUUUAAUUACAGCAUGUCCAGUCCUUAUCAUUAAAGGUAAUUAUACACAGUUAGUACAUGGAAAAUGCAUCAAUGAAGGAUAAACACAGGAGGGAUUCAAAAAGAAGGUCUGUGGUUAGAUUAGCCAAAGGCUGCAAAGCACAAUCAUAAGAGCAGUGGGGACCCAACGACCUGGGGAGCAGAAAAGGAGAGGGGGCAGCACGAGUGAGAACAGUUCAGGGAAUCAGUGAAUUGAGCCUUUUUUUUUUUUUUUUUUUUCUCGAGCAAACUUUUUUAGAAUUCAUUGUAUGUUCUGGUGAGCACAUUCACAUGCCUAGCUCCUCAACAUCGCCCAUAGACGUCAAAUUGCAGUAAUACAAAUGAAAAUGUAUUAAUGCUGCAGACAUUGUUUGAAAUGAGUCAGUAGCCCAUGUGUCGGGUAUUUUCAUCUGUACCAGCACUCUCUGCUAGUUAAUGAAAAAAUAUAUUAGGAAGACUUUCUGCCACAGUAUUAAAAGAGGAAUCUGGCAUCAAUUUUAGAUUUCACUUGGUUAUUAAGUUUGAAAUUCUUGUUUUGUUACAACCUUGAAAUAGAUGAUGUAUGUUUGUUGGGUGAUAUUAAAACAUAGAAUAAGUUAAUGAUAUACUGUGUUGGGUGUCAUAAAAAUACUCCUUUUAUUUAAUGAAUUUAGUUCUUUUGGGAACACAGCCUUUGGGAUACCAAAUGGAGUGCUUGUACAUACGGUUUUCUCGCUGACAACGUGGAAGUGGAGCUGAGUCACUCUGUGUGUCCAGCUGAGGCCAUCAGGUGACUCACAACUCAAAUUGACUGCGUUUUUUAGUUUGUAUGAGACAUGUCGCUGCCUGGAAGGAUUUAUCGCAUCAUAUUUAUUAUCUCCCUUGAAUGCUUCAAAAAGGGAUCUCUGAGGCCAGUGCUAAAGGAUGAUGCAUAAAUUAGACCGCCCUCAUGGUCCUCAGAUGCCCUUACCCUCGGGUCCUUAGUAAUGUCCCGGUGAAAAACUGCAAAGAUACACUGUAGUGUGUGGAGUUUUGUGUUUCUUGCUCCCUCUAGUGUUUACAAGUAUACUGUGUUGGUAUAAUAUUCAGAUGUUUUGGACGCCAAUAGAUGUGGACGUGACUGGAAUAGUGAACCUCAGAGAGUGGGGCCUGAAGAAUUUGGUGAUUGAUAGUCCAAUUAAGCAGGGUUUAAUAACCAGGGCAUAGACAGGCUGAAUCGCCUGGCAGCCAUUCAUCAAGCGGGGUAUGAGAGCGAGAGUGUUGUGUGUGGGUGCACGCUGCCACCUACACACACACACACAGGAAGCAGACUAAUUUAUGACCAAAUACUUUUAAGGGCCUUUGUCAGCCUUUUACAGCCCAACCUCAGAGAGCCACCUGUGUUUCGGUGUCCCACUGGAUCAGCCGUACUGAUCACUGGCUGUGUAUCUAAAGAUUGGACAAGUCAUUGCGGAAAUGUCUCGUCUUGCUAACCAAGAGGGACGGGCACAGCAGAGUGCCACGAUGGCCCCUAUUAGAGUGUGUCAACUGUAGCUCAGGUCUCAAAGGGCAGCAGGAACAUAGACAACACUCACGAAGCAACACCGCUUGAUUUUAUAAAGCCUCGGUCUGUGCUACAAUCUGUCACUUGGAGCCAAAGUCAGUAUGAGGAAGGGAUGGAUGGAGCCAGGAGGUCCCAGCAAGCUAAAGGUCAAGUGACAAAAAAUGUUUGGUAUUCCGAGUUGAAAUGUGGUCUCCUCUUUGGAGUUCAGUGGAGACACACCACUGAGGGGAAACAUUUCACAGCUUUUUUCAAAUGUGAACUGAAAUGGCAAUCAAUACCAGGCUGAUUUCAGAUUUCCAAAGCCUAAUAAUAAAGUCAAACUUGUGCUACAUAUCAAUGAGUUGAGAUGGUUUAACGGCAGAGUAAUGACUGAGUUGAAUCCUGAUGAGAUGCAAUUGUUGCUGCUUCCAGUCUGUGGAUAUACAGAUUUUUCAAAUCAAAUCAAAUCAAACUUAAUUUAUAGAGCACUUUUCAUGUAUGGACACAAAACGUACACACACACCUGCACACUCUCACUACUGACAAUAGGGAGACAUUGCAUGACACUGAAGAAUUGAGGAAGCGCCAUCUUUUGCGCCAUCCACACUGGGAGGAGUCGCAGGCUGUGCCACAGGAGGCACCAGCGCCCAGGCCCCCUGACCCCGACAGACAAGUAGGGCCUCCAGCAGCAGCCCAGACACAGCUUCUAGUGUGGAGGACCCUAAGGAAAUACUAGAGUUAAAACAUACAGUUAAAGCUUAAGAUAGGCUAAAAAACCCUGAAAACACAAGUAAAAGAGUAAACAGUUUAAAAUGAUAAAAGAUACAUAAGAUAAUGAAAAAAAUACCUCCAAUAAUAGAUAAAAUACAUAAAAUUAAGAUUAAUAUCAUCAUAAAAAACAAGAUAGGAGCAACAACAUCAAAUAAGAUAGAAUCACGUAACAACGUAAAAAGAAUGAAAAAACUAGCUAAAAGCCUGAUUAAAAAGGUAGGUCUUUAACCUUCCUUUAAAAAUAUCAACGUUUUAAUAUCUGUGUCAGUUAACAAUAGAGUAUGAAAGGUUUUCAUCUUCCUUGUGGUAAAUUAAAGUCAUGUCAACAAGUCAACUAAGAAGCCAGUUGUUCAGGUUUGGAGUUUUGAACUAGCUAAAAAUUUCAGUCUGUAGUAAAUGCCUCUGGCUCUGUGCUCUUUGAAUCAGAACAGAGAUUUCUUUUGAAGAAUCUUUUGUUUGUUCUUUUGUAUUUAUUGUCACCCAGGCUUUUGUGUGUGGGUGUUACUGCUUGCUUCAGCAUGUUUCAGUGUUUUUAUUGUGUAUUGGAGUUAAAGAGUCUUAGUUCAUUGAAGAAAAAUUGCCUCUCAGUAUUUCUUGUUCUAGUGACAAUGUCGUGCUGUCUCUCAUUUGCAUUUCUACUCUCUCCAGUUUCUGUUUUCUUCUCUGUGUAUCUUCUGUUCCUUGAAAUGCAACUCUUUUACAAAAGCUCUUUUUAGUUACCUUGAUUACAAUUCCGUAUUACAAUCUGCCUGCCAAAUGUUUCUUAAACAGGUCGUGAUGGUGAGCAAGUCCUUUAAACCCUAUAAUAAAUUAAUAAUAGUGCAAAGAUAACAAAUCAAGUCUCUAACUGAAAAAAAAAAACUUUAUUCCUUUAUUAAAAAAAAUACUUAUUUUAAACAGGCAUGUGAACCAUAAUGUGGCAUCACCUCAUCUAUAAAUAACACUCUAAAUGCUUAGAAACUGAGGAAACCAGGUUUACAUACUGUUAAGCCAGUUGAGUUUCUGGAGUCUUCACCUGUGGAGCCAUGUGGUUUGGUCUUGUCUGGAAAAAGCAUUGUUUUAGGUUGUGCCACAUGUUGCAUCAACACCUUGAUAUGCUGCACAGUACUGAAAGUGCCUUCAGCUACUUAUGCCAUGGUUAUGAACGGAUGCAUCUUCAUCCCAUCAUGUCUGCUGGAUUUUGAUUGGUGCUCUCAUAACAAGCCAGGGGGUCAUUUUCCCUUUUAAAGCAGAAGUCCCCCCCCCCAAAAAAAAAAAAAGAAUAUCAAAUUUCAAGACACCCUUUUUCGCAGUCCAUCUUACAUUUGUAUUUAAAGACAGUGGUUUUUGGAAGUGAGACUAUGCAGUGACUUCUACUACCAACUCAUGUCAGUUUUGAAUACAGCACAAUCCAAGGCCUCAAAGAUCAUCCAGUACUAGUUUUUUUGUCCAUUUCCCUUUCAUACAGCGAUUUCUUCAGACUCUGAAUCUUUUAACAGAAUUAUUUGUAGAUGAUAAAAUCCCUAAAUCUGAAAUAUUUGGACUAUUUCCUCAUGCAGUCUCUCACAGAGUGGCGGACCUCUUUCCAUCUUAAAUCCUGAGAGACUCCACCUCUUUUAAUACCUCUUUUUAUGGCCUGUCAUGUUUCUAGAUUGUCUUCAUAAGUGUGUUGCUUUUAACAUGUAUCCUGUAUUAGUAGCAGUGUUUGAUUUGUUUUCUAUACUUUUUUGAGAGAGUAUUGGAUUUAAAUGAUUUGCAAACCAUCAAAAUCUGUUUUUAUUAACGUUUCACACCAUUUUUGAACAUUUUUGGAAUAAGAACAUGACAAAAAUAUUUAGCUACUCUUUAACGGACAUUUGACGUAAGCUAAUUAUGACUGCCAAACAUGGAAACAUGUAUAUAACCUAGCAAAAUGUAUAUAUUGUGUAUAAGCAAGUGGUCACUGUGUCUUUUGUCUGUGUGUGUGUAUGUGGACGAAAAGGUUUAUCUCCAUCUGUCAAUAAACCCCUUGAAAAUCACAAGAGUGUACCUGGUCCCAAUCAGGGCUCAGACGGAGACGCAUCAGGGACGAAGAAAGGUAUCAGAGUAACAGCUGAGUGGGCUUUACUGCACUGUCUAUCAGAGAGAAGGGAGAGGGAGUCAGUUUUCACAAAAUCUCUCUGUAAUAACGCUUUUGUUUAAACUUUGAAACCACCUAAAUCUUGGUUCAACACAUCCCAAAUCCCCCUGUCUCUGAUUAUUAGUGCACCUUAAUAACUGAGUCCAACAUCACAAUCCAUCCAUACUUAGUCUUAAAACAACACCAAUGACUUUUUAUAUCUGCCUUGAUAUGUAGGCAUUCCUCUGAACCAAUAUGAAAUAUUAAAUAGUCCUCAUGGAUUGGUGAUAUGUGAAUAUGUCGAAACUCUUUAGAAAUUUAUUACACAGACAUUUUUCUCCCCCUGCUUGUGAUGUUGACAUGUGGUUACUGUAAGACUGGUUUUUACUUAAGUCCUAUUUUUUCUGUACAGCUCUAUUUUUAAAAGUUAUUAGGGGGUUCAUGUUUUCUAUGACUGACACUUGAUACAGCCUAUGGGUGUACGAAGAUUACAUAGUUCACCCAGGGGAUAUGCUGUUUGAGCCGAACGUCAUCACAGCAACUCUCCCGCCGAAUGCGUACAACGCUACUGCGCAAGUGGUGGUUCCAGGAAGUGGAGAAAAGUCUGGAAAUACCAAGAGCAUUUCAGCUUCAAAUUCGUAUAAUGACAGAAGGCGGAACCAAUUUGUACAUAGUAUAUACAGUCUAUGCUAUCUCCACAGUCCUAUUUUCUUUUUAAAGACAUGAAAGCCCUCCUUUCACACUUGUUUUUUCUGCUGGUCAACUCUAAGAGGCCCUGAAACUAAAGCUAAAUACAAGAGAACAACUUUCAUCAAACGUUUAGAAGUUCUUUGACCAUCACUUAAGGAUUUUCAAUUUAUUUGUAGCUGAAAGUUAUAUUUGUCACUAAUCACUUUGGUUCUGGUUAAUCAAUUAAGAGUUUGGCCCUUAAUGAACAUGUGUCCUGUGAAGGUCUGUGAAAGUUAAACCUGUAAUGAGGCUCAAAUAGUGUCUAAAGGAGGAAACCUCAUUCCUUGAAGUUGGAAAAGGAUUAGUGUUUGCCCUUUGUCGACUCUCAGAAAUAGAACAACCAACUGUGAAGAAAUGUACUCUUUGAUUUGUGUUGCCUUAAAAAGCCUGUGUCACUCUAAGUUUUACAAAAAUAACAGUGGAGCUGGCUGCUGUUUGGAUGUGAGGGCUGACAAAGCUGACACAAUAACAAAACUGAAAUAGAAAAAUGAAAGCCUGCGCUUCAUUAUUUGAGUGGAAUAAGUCUGUAAUAUAAGCCCAAAUGGAUGGAUUGUUAUGUUCAGUAUUAAGAGGGUAAGCACACUGUGUGGUGCUGUGUGAUUUUGAAGAAGCAGAAUGGAUAACAACAUUAACGGCUAAUGUUCCAGUGCCGCUAAGAAACAGCCGGGUCUGCAUGUUUUCCAAUCAUGUAAAGCUGAUGAAGUCGCUCUUUUAUUAAUGGACUUCUGUUUCUUUCUUACGAUGAGGUGUUGUCUGUGCCACUCACUUUUCUGCCCCUGUCAUUGCAGGUGUGCUCUCUCGCUCUCUCUCCUCCUCAUCCUCUUCACUGGACUCCCGGCCCCCAACAGGCUCUAGACCUCGACCACUGCCCAGGCAACGCCUCCCUCCAAGGCAAAGGAGGGAGCGUGUCUCCCCAGGUCCUAAGACUGCACCCUCUCAGGGUCUCCACCCUUCUCCUGACACCACUGUGCUCACUGCUGCAGGUCUGUGUGAUUCAGUAUUCUUGGUCUAAAAACUGUCAAAUCAUGAUGGUUGUUACGCUGAAAUUGUACCGAUAUCACGAUUAUGUCAAAAUGAAUUAAUCAACAGGCAGUAAUAAUCAAAAUUGACCCCUUUUCUCUCCCAGCUCCCAGAAGCAGAACUCCUUCAGCUUCAAGUUCUGUCUGUGGGGGCCCCGAGGUGCGUGUGGGGGAGAGGGUGCUGGUGGUUGGACAGAGAACUGGUGUUGUCCAGUUCUGUGGAAAGACCAGCUUUGCUCCAGGUCAGUUGUUAAACUGAUGCUGCCCCUGCAAAUAUUUGAGAGUUGAAACAAGACUUUAAACUUUGAUAAUAUUUAACAUUUGACUGUUUGUCCACUCUUUAUUUGCUGAAUGCUGUGCAUUAUCACUAAGACAAAUACUGUAUCUUCUUAAGCUCAAUUUGUGGGGGAAAACUGAAUUUAUUGAUCCUAUUAAGCUUUGGAUUAUUUGAACUUUUAAUGGCAUGCAAAUAUAAUCAUAUCAUAUCAUAUUGAAUUGUAAUGUAUGUACACUUGGAAAUGCAACUUCCCAUGUUUGGAGUAAGAUAUGCUAACACUGCGGAAUUGUUCAAACUUAUGUGCAGCAUCCUUAUUACACUACAAGAAACUCUUCUGUUAUAAAGUGCAUGAUCUGCAUUGCAAAUUCAGACAAAAGUCAUUGCAGCAGUGAAUAGUAAGAUAGCUGUAAAAUUAAGAAAUAAGGAAGCUGCUGUGGAUCAAAAAGCCAUUGAAAACCAAAACACAGAAAACAUCCCACAGUAUCCAUGAAUAAUAUUUAGGCAGCAGUUCUUCAGGCUUCAGUCAUGUAUGAAUAGGUUUUAACAUAUCUCACACCGUUGAGGAUCAUGUUUGAAGGGAUUUCAGUAAUAACUUUCCUUUGAUACCCUGAAAUCGGUGCUUGCAAUGCACUGUAAUCUCAGCCGCAGUGCACCCAGGACUGCAGCUCUAUACCAAAAGCUGCUUUCCUUACAGAACACUUCACAGUAAAUUUGCUUCUUUUUUACAUUAUUAUUGAAAAAAAAAUAUUGGCUGAACUUCUAUAUUUAAAGAACAAAGUGGUUCAUUCAUACUGUGGGUGCUUUGGUUAUAUUGAACACAUUAGGGAAAAAAAAGAGUGAGUCACAUAAUUUUUCACACUGAAUGACUACUUUCACUCUUUAUGACCACAAUCACAGCAAAUGUGUAUUUUUCUGUCUGCAGGGCUCUGGUUGGGCAUUAAGUUAGACAAGCCAAGUGGUAAAAAUGAUGGAUCCGUGGGAGGAGUGAGGUACUUCACCUGCCCACCAAAACAUGGUGUUUUUGCUCCUCCGUCUCGUGUUCAAAGGUGAGUGCAGUUCAUUAACAUUAAAGUCAGUCUAUAUUUUCAUUAAUGACUUUGGUUCUCCCAUGGAUCAGUCAUCUGGAGCAGAAUAAGGAGUUGGACAGAAUGCCUUGAAAACCCUGAGGUUGUGUUUCAUUACCCUCAUCAAUACUUCUGAUGGCACUAAUGAGCUCCUUUGACAGUGUCAUUUGUGUUAGCGUUGACAUAUUUGAUUUUGGUGGCAUGGGUAAGCUGUCCUCCAUGCUCAUGAUGAAAGAGAGGCCAAGUUUCCCAACCUGAAGCCUUAGGCCUUUACCCAGCAUGAUUCCUGCUUUAUUGCUGCAACUUUGAGCUUCCACACCAUCUCUGCCUUUAAACAGCGAUUAUUGAUUGUGGAGGUGUGUUUUUUUGACUGGGUUAGACAUAAAUAGAGGUCAUAUGAAAGGAAUGUAGGAAUACUUAUCUGGUUUACUUAAUACUGAUUAAUCACAGACUUUUGAUAAAUAAUCAUGAUUAAUUACACUUUUAAUCACAUGAUCAACUUUAAUUGUUCUUCAAUUUAAAACUGCUUCCAAGUCUGUAUUUACAAAGCGAUGCCGCUUUUUGCAGAGUCUUGAUUUGGAAAUCAAAUUAAUGCAAUAAAAUGAACUCCAUGUUAUUGACUUUUACAUUGAUUAUUCAAAUAAAUGCUGCUCUGCUAACCAGCAGUGUCUGUAACCAACACUUAAAGGUAGGAGAGACAGCCAAAAAGUGCAGAAGUAAAUGUAUGAAUAGCUAAGCAAAUUUCUUAACGUCUCCUCCACAGGUCUGUACUGAUUUUCACACUUCAAAAUAAAUGCUGCUCUGCUGGCUAUUUCUGCCUGCUGACGUUAGUCUCAUCAUCCACACCUUUAUGCUCAGCUUGUAGGUGGCAGCUUAAACCCAAAGUUCUUUGGUGAUAUUAUAAGUCCAGGUUUUCAAAUGGUACAUUCAGGCAGUUAAUUGAAGUGCUACUUUUACUGAGCUGCCUGUGAAGAUAUUAGGCUCUAUUUUUGUGCUUCGCCAGAGAUGUUGCAUAGGCGCGGCGUAAGUCAGGUCCGCCGCGCUGACAAGGCAUUCCCAAGCACAAUUUGGUAUUUUGGUGAGCGUAUCCCCCCUCCCUAACUCAGUUCCUCCCAGCUACCUAAAUCGUAGCGAGGGAGCAGAGAGGGCGUGGAGUGGGUUUAACACAGCCGAGACCUGUAUUGACCAAUAACAUCAGCUCCUCUCCUCACCUUUAAAUCCACCACUGGCGAGGCGUAUUACAAUUUUCAUGAAGUAGUCAAAGAGAUCAAGAGAUGUCUGAAGACAGCAAUGCCACACGAUGGCGACAGAAGGCAGCCCCUCAACAAGUGUCGCUGUAAGCGCUGCAGAGGGUGUCCUUCACACUCUCUCAUAUAAGCACAGAUGGAUUUGGUGUGUGUAAUGUUGGACCCACUGGUAAGACAAACACCCUUUCCACAAAUAAGGACACUCACAUAAAGUUGCAUAUAUUCAAACCUCACGUGACAAAGGUGGGUUGUGCGCACAGAUCACAUCAUAAAUUCCAAUAAUGGCAUUAAAAUCAGAACCAUCUGUGCGUAAAUGACGCAUCACAUUCUGUGGCCUGGCUCUUUCUUUCAUAGAUCUUGGCAUAUAAAAUAAAUUUGGCUCACAAAACUGAAUAUUAUAAUAUUCGUCUGUAGGCUUAAAGUAAAUAACUCAUCUGAUCACUAAAACAAAUCAUCUGUUCAGCCAAAGCAACAGCAGCUGCAGCAGGAUGGGGAGAGGACACGCAGACAUGUCCAGGUUGAGCUGCGUGAGAAAUUAGAGGAAGAAAGAAAAGGAGGGAGACGAAUUACAUAUCUUGUUCGCUUCAUCAUGUGUGUCUAAUUACUAGAUAUUUAAUUUAAUUUAAUGCAGUUUCAGCUGUUAAUUCGGUUAGGUUGUGUGCCCAAACGCGUGCCAAAUGCGCUCAUCAGAUCAGAUAUAGAUCAGAAUAUAUCUAUAAAGAUCUAAAUGUAUGUGCUGACUCAGAUUAUUAGUUGUUGUUGAUUAUUUAUUGCACUGAAAUGUGCCUGACACUGUGGAAACCUGUCGGUGAGGCAUCGGUGACGUAUGCCGACACGCCGCCGGUCUACCAAAAUACCUCGAGACCAGCUGCGCUCCGCCUGUGCUGAAAGCUGACCAGGUUUAAAUUGGUGAGCUUUCAGCGCACUUAAUACGCCACCAGCAAGCACGAAAAUGUCUCUGCGCCUGCUGAUUCUGUCGACACCUCCGUCUGCCACGCCACCACGCCCAGCUUGGCGGACCUCGGUGUGCCUCAGUCCAUGAAAAUACCAAACUGGCUGUACGUCGGGCUCCGCCAGACUAAAAUACCACUGCGCGGGGUCCGCCACCCUCCGCUGCAUCACCGGCGGACACAAAUAUAGAGCCCAUUGUCUAACACAGGAGACCACACAGCAGAUGUAACUUUAUUUGGUCAGAGUCGAAUCUGCUGUAUGUGUGGUCUCAGUCAGCCUGACUGUCAGCUGAGGGAGAUUCUCUGUGUCUUAUUAGAGUCUAAAAAAUGUGACAUAAAAACUAAAAGCAGAAAAACUAAGUCACUUGGAAUUGGGCAGCAGUUUCUCAUGUAUUUUAUAGUCACCUUAAAAGGAUAUUCCGGCGUAAAUUUAAGUCAUGGUCAAACACACCGUAACACCAAAUUAGACACCCUCUCCAGAGAUGAAUGUUGCAGACUGCUUGCUUCUCUAGUUAUUCCAACUUUAUUAAUGACUGCAGGAUAGCAAUACACAGCGCUCUAUGUCUCCACAUGCACACCUCAACCAAAAAGCCACUCUAUAGCCACAAAUAAUGCUCAGAACAGCACCUAACUUCAUCAACAGUACAUACCGGGUCCCAACCAUAGUACUAGCCAUCAAACAUCUUUUUAGCUUUGCCUGGUUUCUUUAGGAAAGAGAUCAAACACAACUCACCCUCUCUCCUCCAGCAGCCACUUGCCACCAUAACUUAAAUUUUAGGCUUGAAUAUCCCUUCAAAGGUACAGUGAGCAGUAUUAUAGGGGUACACAGCUACAGAGAAACCACCAAGAGUCAAUUGGAUUUUCAGAGUAUCCAGCCUCUAAAUGCUGGAGGCACUUUCACCAAAAAUUGUCUGAAAGAAUUAAUAAAAAGGUUUGUAACAGGCCAGACAGAUACAGAUAUUAGAUAGUUUUUCUUUUUGUGUCACAGUACUUACACGAUUGACUGCUGUAAAUUGAAUUUCAACUGCUUUUACAACUAGUUUUACAAUUACACAAGGUAUACCCUAGUUUUUAAGUUUUUUUUUAAUAAUAUCAUGAGCAUUUUUAGUUGAUAAAAGGGGAAACCACAGAAACAUUAACAAUGUUUAAAGUGACUCAGCAUGUUGGUACAUGCAUGUAGAUAAAAUAAAGGAUAAAUGAAGCCACUAGAAAAACAGGUCUAUAAAAAAAAUUGAUUUUAAUAGGGGUGUCCCAAUACCAUAUUGAUAUCGUUUAUCAGUCAGAUAUCAGCCAAAAAACAAAUAUCAUAUUAUACUGGCCUGCAUCUGCAUCAGCACUCCGAUACAAGCAGUCCAUUCCAGACUCCACUCUGGCCCCUCUGGCUAGCAGCGCCUGGAUCCAGCAUGCAGAGCCCACGUGAUCACAACAACAGUGUGUACUAAGGUACUAACAAAGUAGCAAGGAGUAAUAGUGAUGUCGGCUGUGUGGCAGAAUUUUUCGUUUAAGUCCAAAAAAGACAUUGCAGCUGAGUGCAGAAAUUGUCAUGCACAAGUUUGUGCAAAUAUCGGAUCAAUAUGGGUGUCGGCCAAUACUGAAGGCGACAAUAUCGUUAUUGUAUUGGAAGUAAAAAAAGUUGUAUCGCGACAUCCCUUGAUUUCAAUAGCAGAGGCAGUGUUGUAUUUGCAACAUCUGUGAAAAAACUUGACCAGUCUAUCUAAGACCAGCCAGAGCUCCAAAAUAAGAUCCACUUGACUGAAGGACUGAGUCGUCUCAAGGGGUUAUAUCAGUCUCCAGAGAGGUCUAAUCCAUCCCUAAUGUGGCUCUCUGGUGUGUUUCAUAUGAGCUUAAAAGUAACUUGAAUUAUAAACUAUUUACCUGGAUGUGUUUUUUAAUCCGCUCCAAUGCAUUUAAUAAUAGAGUCAGUGGAGGAUCUGUUUUAGCAGAGUUAAAUGAAAGUUUUUUAGGGAUGUCAUCUUGCUCAUGGAUUAGUGAAGUCACUCUUGUAGCUUUGUUCUGUUCAAAUGUUGUACUUUUAAUAGAAACUUACUCAUAAAAAAUAUUCUUUGAGUACCUAAGGAUGUGAGUUUUGGCCUGGUUUUGCUCAUUAUUUGCCAUUUGGCUUGUACUCACCACAGAAAGUACCCUGAGUCCCACAAACAGGAGAUUAAUUCUAUUCAUUAGAAGUAAAGCUGCAAAUGUAUCUGUGUGCUCACAAAUCUAUCAUUUAGUUCCUGUGUAGGACAUUUUGUGCUGUACAUCCUAAAAAUCGGUGCUGCAAAAGCAAAUAUUGGAAGCCUUUUGCAGAAAUGCAAAACAGAAUAAUAAUUGAAUCUAAACUUGGCCCUUUUCCUUCUUCUCUUUCCGAUUAAUCAAACUGUUGCAGAGAUUUAUCCCACCAUUAGCUCCUGCAGCUGGACUGCUUUUGUUUGAGAUACAGAUGGAGGGACCACAUAGAGGAUCUUGUCAAACAGACCCAGACCUGCAGCUCUGUGCUGGAGGCUACAGCCAUGACAGAAGCAGGACAAGCUCACACAGUCUCCCCUAGUCAGGAUGAUGUGAACUGACAGGUUUCAGAGCGUUAUAGUCCAGUAGUUACAAGUUUUAAUUCUUCUUGUCACGGUACACAGAUUUUGAGUGUGAACUGGCCGGAGCUCUCCAGGGAGUCUCACUUCAGUAGAGCUAUGAACUCUAAAGCUAUCCCAACUGUUGGUGCUUUGAUGAUGCUACUGAUGUAGUCCCUCCAAACUUCCAAUCGGAGUUCAGCUUGGUUCAGAUGUGACAGUGAAGGAUAUCAUGAUUUCAUCAUUUUAUUGAGUUUGCCCUUUGCACAUUUGUACAGAACUUGCAGAACUGCAAACUUCAGGCUCAAACAAAACUGAACCACACUGAUAUUUUGUCACGGGACUGUAACAGAUCUGUUUGAUGCACAGAACCAAGGACACUUAGUGACUGCCAGAGUGUCCUUGAACACUGAAGGAUUGAUGGACUCUGCCUCUGAGUUACACUGGGACAUUGUUUAGACUUUCACACACUAAGAUUCUCUUGACCUCUUCAAAAUAGUGAACAACCCAAACACUGUAUUAGAGAUACAGCAUUCACAGUGACGUUACCCAUCCUGCUGUUUUGUCUGGCUGCAUUUUGCAUGUCUACACUUUUAUACUUUGAAGCCAGAAGUGUUUGGACAAAAGGCUGGGACUGGAUUGGAAGUAGGGGAGUAUAUACUAAAGCGAGAGAGCAGCCUUAUGACAAAACAUGUUAAAUGAAGAAACGGAAAAGGUGACUCCUUGGGGUGUCUUUUACUGCAACCAUACAAGAAAAAAGAGUUUUUAAGUUCCCUUUGCUCACAGUGAAGAGGUAGUUACACCCUGGAGCAUGCCCAGCUUUAUUAACUGUUAAACUACUAAUGGGACCAUAAUGCAUCUGUUUAUUAUACACUUAAUACUAUUUACUCUUUUUUAGUGCUGCAGGAGAACAAGAGCUAAUCCCAGCUGACUUUUGUCAAAAGGAAGGGUUCACCCUGACAGUGUGGUGGUGAAUCACAGGGCUGACACGUUAAGACAGAAAACCAUUUACACUCACAGUCACACCUACAGGCAAUUUCGAGUCACCAUUUAGAGCCUUUGGAGUGUAGGAGGUGUCCGAGGGGAGCCCAGUGGGGAUGCACAAGCUCCCUUGUCACUGUAAAGUGCUCCACCAGAGGAAGAGAAAAGAACUUUUAGGAUAAUUGUUUAAUAAAGGCUGGAUCUCUCAUUUGUGAUGCAUUCAGGUGACUGCAGCACUGUUAGCUGCACUUUGUAGACAAGGUAUCUGUUCACAGAGGUAAAUGUGUGUAACCACCAUAGAUUAUAUUCUGCCUUUCUAUCGUUCUGAUAUUUUAUGUGGACACUCCUAAGUCUGCUGAUAUAGUGAACACUUAAAGGGAUAUUUCGGCGUAAAUUUAAAUUAUGGUCAAACACACCGUUUCAUCAUUUCCUUGAAGUAAUAAUCAUCAUAAUAAUCAUUUUUCACUGCAGACGCAGUAGUUUUUCUGCCUCUGCGUCUCAGUCUGAUUGCAUUUCCAUGAAGUAAUAAUCAUAAAUGUUCUUCCUUGAGCUGCGAAACUCCGCUGCACUCGGUGAGCGACUCAUCAGGGCUCCCCCCACAAACAAGCAGCUGCUGGAGGAGAGUGGAUGAGUUGUGUUUAGUCUCUUUGCUAAAGAAACCAGGCAAAGCUAAAAAGAUGUUUGAUGGCUAGUGCUAUUGCUAGAACCCUAUAUGUACUGUUGAUGAAUUUAGGUGCUGUUCUGAGCAUUAUUUAUUUGUGGCUAUAGUGUGGCUUUUUGGUUGAGGUUUGCGCAUGGAGACGUAGACCGCUGUGUAAUGCUAUCCUGCAGUCGUUGCUGAAGUUGGUAUAACUAAAGAAGCAAGCAGUCGGCAACAUUCAUCUCUGGACAGGGUGUUAUGGUGUGUUCAACCCUAAUUUAAUUUUAUGCCAGAAUAUCCCUUUAAACCCACCAAGAAACAGAAACCACUACUCUCUACUAAAAAUGCAGACCGCUGGGCACAUGUUUGACGUGUUAAUGUUGAACCUCUAAAUAAAGAUCAUUGACGUGGAGGCUUUCUCUUCUUUCACACAGUCUUUGGUGAUUCAUCUCCAGGCCCAUAUUAGUUCUGCACCUCAGAUUGAGCUUGCUCACCAUGCAGAUUAAGUGAUGAGUCAACAGAUGUGCUGUGCGCCAAAGUGACUGUUUAUGAAAAUCAUUUAAUCCUGGGGAUACAGAAACAGUGUCUGACUUCCACAUUUGAAGCCAAAAAGUUCCUCUGCAGAAAUCUUUGUGUUUUUAACAUCCUGUUUUCAGCAAGUGGAGAAAAAACCUAUUGACCUCUUUUAUCGGGUGGCACAUUAGCAGCACUUUGCCUCAAGUGCAUAAUGUGUGUCAUAACUGAGUAAAAGCCAUUACAGUUUAAAAAGCAGUUAACAUCUCGAGUACUAGAUGUGUAUAUUUCAAGGAGAGAUGGGCUCUUAAGAAGGAAUUGCUGGUUGAAUUAACAGAUUCCUUUUUUUAAAGGUAUAAUUAGUCUCUUCACCUUCCUUUGCUCCUAGUGUUUCACCUUUAGUGCUGUUUUAGGCAAACUUCUCCUUUUUCCCUGCUCUACAUCUCCCUCCUUUUGCCCUAUUUUUUUUUUUUUUUUAAACACAGCUGUUUACGUCUUCCAUAAAAGCUACUUUUUUUGUGUCUCUGUGUUUUUGUCAUCCUCUAUCCAUGUUCUUUCCCUCUCUUCUGUUCUUCCCUCAUUAACCCCAGGGCGCCUAGUGUGCUAAACUGAGGACAUGCUUUCCUCUGGUCUAAUGGAGAAUCAUGUAUUCUCCUCCAUGCUGUAAAGUUCUCCUCUUUUCUUUCUUUUCAUCUCAGCAGUUGUGACAACCCAUCAGAGAUGCAGGCAUCUGUUUUUUAGCCAAUCCUCUUCGUUGUUUGUCACUUUCACCUUUCCACUCUUUUUACCCCCUACAUUUUUUUAUCAUUUUUAUCUUUUUGAUGUCAGCAGAGUCCCUCUAAAUGGCUUUUAAAGCUCUAAUGAUAUUACGGUCUUGGUGAAACAUAGAUGAACAGGACAGGAGCGCUUGUACCAGAAGCAGAGAUCUGCUGUUUUCUCUCGGAGCUGCAGUCAGAAGAAGAAGCUGUCACUAGAUGCACACCCAGUAGGGAUGAGUGAUAUGGGCAAAAAAAUUUAUCACAAUAAGUUUUGCCAUUCUGGCGAUAACAAUGAAAUAAAAAAUAUUAUAAUUCCAAUCUAUAUUUUUGACUCAUUUUGUCCUGAGAACACCAGUUGGAGUAGUCAAAUAAGAAACUUAACCACAAGUUUGAGUGGUAGGUUAUGGAGAAAACUAAUGACAUUAAAAAAGACUCAAAUGUGAAAACAUUUUAUACUGUCCGAUGUCAGGCAUACCUGAUUGCACUCGUCUAAGCCCAAUCUUGAAGGAAAUCCCUCAUGUUAAGACUCAUUCAGUAACAAACUGCUCAGAAACGUCUUCUUCAUUACCUUCAACCAUCUUUGUUUGUUAUUCUGCUCUGUGUGGCCUAUGGUUGUGAGUCCGUCGCUCGCUCUUAUGUCAUCAACUUGCAUUUAUUGUAUUUAUCAGGAGACGGCAAAUAUUUAUCAUGGAGGAUUUUUCUGACGAUGUAUCAUGAAAGAUAGUUUAUUGCUCAUCCCUAACGCCCGUCCAACUCUUAUGAAGUUUUGACCUCUAAAAGUUUCACUAUUUCCUGGUAAUUGAAUGAAUUUUAAAAAACAACCCUCGCUUUCCUUUGCUCUUAAUAAAUUCUCUGUGGAUGAUGAAUUGAAGUAAGAUAGAGAGUGUCUUUCUCUCAGUGGAUUUUUUGCACAGAGGCAUGACUAAUGUUGAAAACUCAGUGAUGAGACCUAAAUGGCUGCAGAGCUUUAUUACAUCACUUACACCCUUUUUUCUGUUUUGACACACAGGAUUCACGGAUCUGUUGACUGCCUGUCAGAGCUCUCCUCCUCACGCCUCAGUCAUCCUAUCAGCGGUAUGACUUCUGCCUUCACACAGCUCUGACCGAGCUUUAUUCGAAACGUGCCUCUGCAUUUAUUUGCAUUUCAUUACACUAUGAGAGCUCGAGGAGUCAUUAGAAUGCCAGAUUCAGUGUGGCAGUACUUGACUCUUGUAAUUGUCAUGCAGGGACGAUCCGUCGCAGCUUCAGCACAUCAUCGGCCAUCGCCAACCCAAAGGAGUCGAGCAGGAGGAGUCCUGUUAGCAGGUGUGCCUCUCUCUUUUUUCCACAUGGCCCUCACAUUUCACUCUCCCUGAGCUUCAGCUUCAUCCUAAUUCCCUGCAGCAGUGGCAGAAUCAAUACCAAUAAGAGGCCCUGGUAUUAGUCAGCAAAGGUUCCUUUUUUAAAUAGCCAAUGCAUGAUUGUGGUUAUAAUGAGAAAGAACAAGGCAUUGAAGAUCAAUCCCUCAAACACCCAGCUGCCAUGAAUCUCCCAUUUACUUUGAGAUAUCCUCUCACACUGCAUACCUUUUCUCAUAAAUCUUUCUCUGCUCCUUUUUUUUUUUUAUCCUCGGCUCCCACAAUUCAAUAAAAAAAGGAGUCGUUCCAACCCUCACCGGCGCCGCUGGAACACCCUCAGUGGCGGUGUUGGCGGUGUUCCUAGAAGCACGGCAGGGUCCAGUCCUUCACCCAGCAGUGACAGCCAGGUCUGCCUCCAUGUGGGCAUGCAGGUUCUGCUCACCAGUGCCAAUGAGAUGGCGUUCAUCCGUUACCUGGGCACAGCGGACUUUGCCCCAGGCCUUUGGCUGGGUCUGGAGCUCCGGAGCCCCAAAGGCAAGAACGAUGGCUCUGUGGGCGGCCGCCGAUACUUCAGCUGCCGAGCUGGCCACGGCGUGCUGGUCCGUCCCAGCCGCGUCACCUACCGUGGCAUCAACGGUUCACGCUUGGUAAAUGACAGCAGCUGAGAACUGUGGGAGUGGGGCGGGCUGUAUAAAUUCAGACGGUUUGUCUUUUUGUUUCUGAUCUAUUUAAAGCAAAUAUUUGAAGUUGAAACAUUUUCUUCUUUUUUAGCUCAUUAUUAUUCUGUCAAUCAUAUCUGCUCUUCCAAAAGGUGGUGUGAGAUACAGGAAUUUAAAAACCACCUAUCAAUGUUUCAGAAUUAAACCACUGAAUUUAGUUAAAAAGGCAAAGAAAGCACUUUAAAGGAUAAACUUAAAUUCAUAGAUUUGAGGCGUUUUCACACCUGGAACAAUCGCUAACAUUGCUCUGAAAGAACCCGUCGGUUUUGGUCGGUAAACUUCACUUUUUUGUGUAGCAACCUCACAGAAUUUUACACCAUCUUUAGGCUGGAGAACUGGCUUAUCCAUCAGGGGGGAUUUGUCUCCACUUUUGCUCAGCCUGUCUCAUACUUGAACUGCUGCUGGAGUGACUUCACCUUCACGGGACACUGCCCAGCAGAGCCCUGCCCCAGAGCUCUCUUGUCCGUGUGCUGACUCACAAGUUUGUAACGACUGAUUCUGUUUGUGGCGUCUGACAUUCAACAUAUUUGAUAAGGCAUUUGACCUCCUUGCUGCCCCAAGUCGGCCCACAAGUCCAAUUGUUGUCGGGUUAACUGGCUUAAUUUUUCAGUUUGCAUCUUGAAGCCAUGUUUUGGUGUAAAUGGUGACUUUCAGCCUCGUACUUAUCCUGCAAACACCUUUAGUUUUACAUCAGGACUCAACUGAUGAGUAUGUUUUGACAUUAUAAGUAAAAUAUACUCCAAGAUGCAAUUGUGAGGACUCUCUCCUCAUUUCUCUCCUCAUAAAUGUGUCAGCUGUUGUAACCAUGACAACCACUGACACAUUUAACCAAAAAUCGCCAGAUUACAGGGUUCCUCUUUGAUCUGAAACACCAGCUCCCACCAUGCAAAGUCAGACUAGUACACAUCAGCAGUCAGAAAACGAGGCUUUGAGGCCGUGUAGCCAUGGCUUGAGGACAUGGGUGCUUUGACCAGCUGUACAGUGUUGCAGUGUGACCAUGAAACAACCCAAGGACGAAAUGCAAGUGAGUGUCUUUUCCUUCUAUAGAGCAAUUGAGCCAUCAGUGUGAAAACAGCCCUUGUUUGGCAGGAUGUAGAGAAACGUCUGAACCAGAUUUUUAAAACUGCACUACCUAAAAUCCAAUUGCACUGACAGAUGAAAAAUGAUCGACUAAAAUCAACUAAACAGGUUGGUGUGGAUGUGCUUGCGUGAGAAUGAUUUCCACCCUAAAAGCUAAUGUUGAUCAAAUAAAUAAAAGAUUUUUAUCAGAGGGUUUUUAAGUGAUAAUGUAGCUGAGUUUCCAACCAAAUGUGUGCAUGUGUUUGUGUUUACCUGUUGGUGUGCAUGUGUGUGUAAUACAGAGCACUUUGAUUUGAGAGGCUGAUAGACUUUUACAGGGUUUAUAUUUGGCUUAAUUGAUGGAAGUCCAGCCAAAACUUCAAUUUUACUCCAUGAACUUACAAUGUGAAUCAAAUCAGAUAUAGUGAAGGCCAGACCUUUACCAAUCAUCCAUCAUAGUACAACUACAGCAGCAAAGGUUAUUUCUGUCUGCAUACAAGUAAUUAAUUAAUCCAUUGUCAUACUGAAGGAACAAAUCAAAAUCAACCUAUUUUCCUAUUUGUUAAUCAGACUGUUAUGGUUAGCAACAAAGUAAAUUUCAACUUAGAUUUUUAAUCCAAGGUUAAUGGAAAUAGCUUUCAGUUGCUGUCAUAGAAUUUAAAAAAAAGCAGAAAUUGAGUUUCUUUGUAUUUUCUCUAUCUGCUUUCUUGCUUGUGCUCAUACAAAUGGAAAGUAACUUUUCAAAAGUUGAACUGCAGCUGCGCUUUUAGAAACAGUUUUGAAAAAACAGUCUGAAUCAGGUUACAGAGAAACAACAGAAACAAAUUCACUGGAAUAAAAAAAUUGUUAUGCCUCCCAGCGUGUCCAUGUUUUGCACUCCUCAUAGACUCAUAAGUCUUAACAGUGAUGUUAAUGUGAUGUUUAUUUAAGUUUUUGCUCUCUGAACAGGAAAUAUUCAAACUGAGCUGUCUGGAAAUCUGAUCAAAAUGGAUUUUCCAUCAUCGAGCUGUCAAUGUGCAGCCCUAUAAAAUGAGAUUAACCUUAGCCUUGAGAAGAGUUAGAUGGUCAGUUUGUUUACAAUUCACAGAGCUGACCUUUGACAAGCAGCUUGAGUGCAAACUGCAAAAACUGUCGGAGGAAAUGCAAACUAGUGUGCAAUUAAAUGUACUCACCGAAAAUCAGAAAAAAUUACAUCUAAUAGGAACUGUGCAAAUGAAAGGUCGACUUGAACAGUGGAUUUUGAGAAUCAUGCCAGUCUGAGGAUUCAAACUUCCUCCUCUCUGAGUGAGUGGCAGAGUACUCAUAGCUGUCACAGUAAUGGCAAAAAUGAAAAGAUGUUUUUGUGAGUCGAAGUUGAAAACCACAUCGCGAAUGCAAAAUUGCAUUUGAUGCUUAAUUUAAGCAGCUUGACACAGGAAAUAAGCAAUCAUCCAAAAGUUUCAGGGACAGAGUUUACUGCUUGAUUAGAGCCUUCUGGGCAACUCAGCGGAGAACAAGCCAUCGAUUGUGCAUGUGGAAAACAGACCAUCUAUUCAGCAAAACACUCAUGUACCAUCCAAUUAGAGUGUGCAGGGCUGGACAGAGGAGUAGAAUCUCCAAUGGUCCUGUCUCAUUGAUCCGUCUGGUCAGGCCCCCUGUGAUGGAAAAGCAGCGGUGGUUGAAGCCCAAGGUUGUCGGAAAUAUUUGCUGCUGCAGGUACAACAGAAUAACAUUUAAAAAGAGUCAGGGUCUCAAAUUUCUGUUGCAACAUUUAAUCAAACCUUUCUUCUUUAAAAGCAGCUCCUCAUUUGCAUUAAGGCCAUCUCCUUGAUGACAUCCACAGCAUCUGUUAAUACUCUCCCUUUUAAAUCUCCUCUUAAGAUAAACUCUGGCUUUUUGAUGUAUCUGCAUUCCCAGUUGUAUUACAGCAUGAGUGAUUUCAAAUUCCACUGAUGAGUAUGAAAGUCUUUGGAGGCUGUGUUCUUGUGGGUAAUAGAUGAUGGACUUUUUUAUAUAAUGAAACUCUUAAUAUGCAUAUUUUGAGAUUGUGUGAGGGAGGGUUUUGGUUUGUUGCAUUUACUUGUUGUGGAAAA